GGGAACGACGUUUUCUAAGGGGGAAAACCGUAAGGAUCAGGACAACCACUGGACGGAGCUUCUCCGGGAAAAAGAAGGAAAGAUUACUUGGUUCUGGAGGAUAUUACACGUUUUCCUGGAGGAAACCAGAGCGGUGUUCACCGUGGCUUCAUUCACGGUAGGUUUUCUGCUGUUUUUGUUGUCACUGUGUCUUGAUAGUUUGACUGGGUGCUGCUGGGAGACACACUGGUGUCAAAUGACAUGAAAAUCACCCUGUUCCUCCUCUCCUUUCAAUGCACAGGCAGGCUUUUCCAGCUUUAAUAUCCCAAAAAUGGAGAUAAAGUGAAUUGAGAGGGCUUAGUUGUUUUAUCUAUUGUGUCUCUUUGUAUGUCAGACACACUGUUGAUUUUAAGUAGAAGCACCUUAGGCUUUGGAAACCCCUGAGAAGUUCCCACAACGCCUUUUCUUUUUCUCUUUGAGUUUUUGAAUGGUGUAAACCGUUUUUUUUGUCCUUGCAAAGAAGAAAUGAGUGAGUUCCUGAGAGCAGUGUAGAGCAGGGGCUCAUAAAGUGGGGAACUCUCUUGGUAGGCCACCUGAAAGGGCACGACUGACUUCACUAGAAAGAAUGGAUGUCUCAGCUGCCAUAUUAACACAAGAGGAAAGCCUCAAAUGUUUGGACUAAAGGUUACAUACAGCCUGACCUUAUUCUGCAGGAGUUUUUAUACUGAUGCUUUCUGAUGGAUUUCGUCAUAGCUGCAGGAGUGAAGGAAAGGAAAAGGCCACAGGGCAGAGAGUCUGAGCAGAGGGAGUGGGGAUGUCGCCUGAGGUUUUAGUCAAACUUUACAUUCAGCAGCUCAUUUGGAGCACCACUAGCAUUCGGGAAUGUCAUAUAAUAAGAAUAACUUUAUUUUUUUAUAGCAGUUUUAAAAACAGAAGUUUACAAAGUGCUUUGACAGACGGAUGCAAAGCACAUAACGUCAGCACAUGAAACUAAAAACAAAUAAAAAACAAAAGCUCAGUUAUAAACAAGGCCUCCAAUUGAAGGCCAAUUUAAUUUUUCAUAAGAAACCCAGGCAAUACAAGAAACUUACAACAUAAAAUGAGACCAUGAGGACCAAAAUAAAAACAUAAAAUAGGUAAGAAGAAGAAAUGAAAUAGAAAAGGGGGCAGAAAGCAGGAAACAGGAUAGCAAAUAUAAAAGAGGAUAUUAAUAAUGAUAAUACAAUCAUAAUAAAAUUAUAAUGAUGGUAAUAUUAAUGAUAAAAUGGAAAAUAAAAAUGAGUAGGAAAAAAACAAUAAAAUCAAUAAAGGGCCUAAAAGGUAAAAUAGGAAAAGAUUAUAAGUAAAACAAUGGCUAAAAGGAUAGUAAGUCGAAAUAAGAUAAAAAAGAGAUAAAAGAGAAAAGACGGCAUCACAUAAAAGCAAGUCUGUAAAAGUGAGUUUUUAAAUUUGACUUAAAAGAAGUGACUGUCUCUGCUGUACGCCUUAUCUCCUCUGGCAGGUCGUUCCAAAGUCAAGGAGCUUUGAUGGAGAAAGCUCUAUCACCUUUAGUUUUGAGCCUCGACUUUGGAACGACCAGGAGGUCUUCACCAGAGGAUCUGAGGCUGCGAGUCGGCUCAUAAGGUUUUAAAAGCUCUGAAAUGUUGCCCGGAGCAAGAACUUUGAGUGCUUUAAAAGUAAUCAAUAUAACAACACUUAUAGAUGUCUCAAAUGUCUUAACAAAAUCUGCAGCAUUCCAGUGCAUCCAUUGAAGUCCACGUUUAUUUUCAUCCUCCACACAAAUCUGAUUUCAACCCAUAUGCAAACACAAAUGUUUGGGCUUUUUCUUGGGGGGUAUCAGUGAUAUUUUUCCAUAUUAUUCACUGACAGCUGGUUUUAAAACGAGCAAUGAAUCUCUGAUAGGUAUGGAGACACCUUAAAUGCAGAAAAAAAGGGUCCGUACAAAUUCGUAGUCAUUUUCUCUUCGGUCAGUCCAUCUUUGAGUUUGAGGAGACUCCAUUCAUUUUCAACAAAUUUGACUCAACCAGAAUUCCUGCAGUUAAAAUGUGAUGCUUGCCAAAAGAGGACUUGUCUGUGCUCCUUUAGGUGUGGUAUUAGAAAGACGAUGGCCUGUUUGCUGUGUAGGGCUGAUCUUUUCUCCAAUACAUUAGAUUAGAAGAUCUCAAUUUACGACACAGUUUGAUUUUUGUUGUUGAUUAAUGCUGGCAGCCUGAAAAAGUCUGUAGUUUUCGAGAUGAUUUUAGUUGGGAUAAUCUAGUUGAAAUUGGGGCUCAUGAUUAUUGUUUUUUGACUGGAAUAAAAACAGAUCAUCAUUUGCGUUACACACAGAAUUUGCACAAACAGUACUGAGACGGCUGCUUAAAUGGCUUCAUCAAACCACUGAACAUCACUAUCAUUGUCUACUCAUUCCAGAGUUGAUCAGUGUUGGCUCAUCUGUGAUGGGCUGCAGGCACUGUUGCUGAGAGGAUUGUAAACUACACAAGUUUAGAGCCGUCUGCUGUAUGACAGUUUCCCACGUACAAUUUUAGUGUAUGUGACAAACUACAUCAGGUUCAUAUCCAAACCUAUGGCAGUAUGAGCUCAAAGUAAUAUUCGGCAUACCUAACUAUUCUGAGUGUAUGUGUGAUAGUUGAUCGGCUUCCUGCCAAACAUCCUGCAUUGCAUAGGUGUCUAGGUUAGAACUAAAGGUCCUUUCACACCGGGACUGUUUUUGUCGUGCGAUUAUUACAGAUGUCAAUAUUUUUUUUCAAACCCGUAUCCUGUCAAUAUAAGCAUUCACAUCAGCGACAUUUUCCCGUCCUGCGAUAUUGCGGCAUUUAUUUUUUCGGAUCAUGGUCGAUUUUUUAAAGUGUCGCAUACUGUGUGUCCACUUAAUCCGCCUGCCGGUCCGGCAAUCAAUCAGAUUGCGUGUUGUUACGACGUCAGAUUCACCUUUAUAUCCAACAUGGCCGACCAGCUGAUUGUUUAUGUGUCUGAGAACAGAGUGCUUUUUGAUAAAAGACACAAACAUUACAAAGAUAAAGACCUGAAGGACAACUUGUGGAGAGUCAUAGCGUCGGAUCUCUCAUGUGACGAUAGUUUGUGUGUUUUAACAGUUUGCCAGCGUCUUUGUUUUAACUUUCAUCUGUGCUAACGUAAGCUAACGGUUACCAUAGUUUCAUGUGCUUAUCUUUUAACCUCUGAUUGGCUAUAAGUGCUGACCGUUUGGCUUGAGCGUGUAAUGACGUUUCUAGCUUUUCUAGCCAAUCAGAGGCGAAGGAGGUGGGACUUUCUCUGGGAAAAGUCUUCCCUGGGAUGCGUCUUUUUCCCCCGGAAAGUCGCAAAAUCGCAUCAGGCUUGAUGUGUAUAGUCAGGUGCAUCAAAAUUCACCUCCGGAUGUUUCGCACUUUCACGUUCUAUAUUCGUGUUGACCCCGGUGUGUAAGGACCUUUAAAGCAGAACUUUUGGCUCUUUAUUAAUGGAGUUAUGUUACUGUUUGGCCAAUCAUAGUUAAUUCUACAAAUGAGUAAAGAAGCUAAAAUUCAAAUAUCUAUAUUUUACAGGAAACUUAAAGUCUUAGAAUGUUUUGCUGUUGGAGGGAAACACUGUGUCUUAUUUAAUCUAUAAAAAAUAACUAAUCAUCAUUCUGGUUCCUGAUAUUUCACAAGAGGAUAAUCAGCCAACAUGGGAAUCAUUUAUAGCAACACAUUUACUGUGAAUAUUAAAAGAAUACACUACAUAUUAAAGGAUAUAUAUGAAGGAAAUCUACUUGCUUUUUGAAGCUGAAUUAAAAAAAAGAGCUCAUGUUAGCUACAGAAAACAGAUUGGUUUGUAUUGGAUCGCAGUAGCAGGAAAAAAGUCUUUUUGAUUAAGCCUGACAACGUCUCUGAGCCUGAUGAGUGAUCACAGAUGAAGUCUUACUCUCUCCCACAUAACUGUGGCUUGUUCUGAUUGAGAUGCUUGUUUCAGUCUGUUGCUGAGAGCUUCAGUACAUAUUUGCAGAGCCUGACAGGAGGACUGACACCUCAGCUGAGAACCUGCUCUCUGGGUGAUCUCGUCUUUUGCAGUCAGGGCCAAUGCUGUUGCUGAUGCUCUGGUUAUUCUUCUUUUGGAGUGGUAAGUUUUUCCUCUGACCACCUUCAAAGAGCCACUGAGUCAUCUCAAACAGUUCAAAGGGAUUCAAACUUGCACCCGGAAGAAAGAGCCAGUUAGAAAAUAACAGGAGACAAUCUCUAAAUAUUUGAUGGACAGGUGUAGAGGAUGAGGUUUUAGGGUUUCCAGAGCAUUUCUUGUAUAGCAUGUCAUAAUGAAGUGUCGUGAGGUUUCAGAGCAGACAGCACCAUCUGUUCACCUGCCUGAAGCUUCUGCUCUGCUGUAGUGACUAAAAUACUGGUCUGCAUUCAGCCCUCUGCUUUAACACAGUUAGGUUAGACACACACACACACACACACACACACACACACACACACACACACACACACACACACACACACACACACACACACAAAAGCAGCAAACAGAAGGGUGACAUUUGGAGAUGGUUAACAUGACAACACAGAGUUUCUAUGGUAAAGUCAUGUGCUACCGGUUCAGAGGUUCAGACUUCAGCAUGUACUCAUUUAGGUGUGCAUGCAUUCUUGUGUGUGUGUGUGUUUGUGUGUGUAUUCAUGAGUGAAAACUUGUUCUUUUUAGCAGUGUACACCUUACAAAAAAGAGAAAACAGCACCCAAAUGUACGUUGCGUCACAUCAAGCCACGCCAAGUCACGUCACGUCACGUCAUGUCACGUCAACAACAGCUUUAUAGCAGGUGGAGAUAACUUUCCAGAGACACACAGGACUCAAUAUAUUAUUACCACUCUGUUAUCGAUUGGCUACACAAGGGUCUAGUCUGAACUUUGUAUUAACAGAUUCUCAAAAUCAUAUUUCUUUAGAUCGGGACACCCCUAAUGAUUUUAUUUCACAGUGAUCUGUUAUGAUAUGAAAAUCUUUUUGAGUGAAAAACAAGGUUGUCAUGGAGAUUCUGAGACUAAAUCGUCCUUGCACUGGUUCCCAAAUUCAUGUCUUAAUCACAGCUGGAGUUUCCCACCAUGAAAAACUCAGUUUCUGAGUGUAAACAAGUGAACUAUGGUCUGUGCUCUCUACUUUGAGUCCUGUGUUAAAGCAGCAGACCUUUUGUUUGUCUGUCUUCCUGUGUGGUAUAUCAACAUCCUCUCAUUCGUUGCUCCACCCGCUGAAACUUGGGCCAAACCAGAGGAGCUGAGUCCACCUCUGUCUGUGUGUCUCUGUUUGCUGAGGAAGUUUCUGUCUCUGCUUCACUCACAGACCAGAUUUGACUCUUGAUGGCUGUAACAGUAACAUGGUGGUAUAGGAGUGCUGUCAUAUUUGCUCUGGUUGGUUGGGAGUGGUUGGUAUGUAGCUGACGUUCUGUGUGCCAGGCUGAUGGUGUACCUUCAGUCACUGUGGCUGCUUUAACACAUUCCUUUCCCCUCACACUGUUUACUUCUCUCUCACUUAGUGUCAUUUUAAACUCUCUGCUUGGCCCUUCCUCUCUCCAAUUUGUGUUCAAAGUUAUAAAUUCAUUCUUCUCUGCCUCUCCCUUUCUCUCCUCUCAGAAGUCUCUGAAGUGGAGUUAUUGUCAGUGCAGGGGUCUGUGACUGAUCUGCUGUGUGACCUAAACUUCCAGACUUCUGUGGAGGACUGCCUCAUGAGUAAAGCCACCUCUGAUCUCACAGUUCAUUCCUCUCCUCCUCUUCAUACCGACAGAAACACUAUCGACUGUUAACGAGACUGAGUGAUUCAUGAAAACCUUCAUUUCAGUGUGGGUUAGAGAUUCAUCCAGACUCUUGUCCUGUUGCAGUUAAAAAGGAUAUUCCAUCAUAAAAUCAAUUUAGGGUCAUGCACUCUGUAACACCAAGUUAGACAACCCCUCGAGAGAUAAAUGUUGCCGACUGCUUACUCCUCUAGUCAUACCAACUUUUGUAACAACCUAACGAUAGCAAUACACAGCGGUCUAUGUCUCCACGCACAAACCUCAACAAAACGCCACUCUAUAGCCCCAAAUAAUGCUCAGAACAGCACUAACUUCAUCAACAGUACAUAUAGGGUCCCAGCCAUAGUACUAGCCAUCAAACAUCUCUUUAGCUUUGCCUGAUUUCUUUAGCAAAGAGACUAAACAUAACUCACCUACUCUCUUUCAGCAGCCGCUUGUUUGUGGAGGAGCCCUGAUGAGUCGAUCACAGAGUGCAGUAGAUCAUUAUAAUAAUAUCAUCAUCAUAUUGCACUGCAAAUGUGGUCGUACUUUUGCCUAACCCGGGAAUUCCACUGGAUCUGUGACAGCUCCACUCCGGACCAGCAAGCGGAUUAAAUACGCAAGCAUAUAGCGCCCUCUGGAUCUGAUCCACCGCUGCCAUUGGAGGAGAAACUCUUGCGAUAUUACUUAUGGUUCUUUCAAGAAAACACAUGAGAUCUCAUUAGAUAAAUGGCAUUGUAUAUUAACACCCACAACCUACAACCCUGGCCUUUCCUAUUAUCAAGCUAAGAACAGUUCAAUGUAUUGACUUUCUUUUAUUUUGAAAAUUAACCAGAUAUUUUACUCUGUAGCCGCAUACAACUUCAGGAUGGCGGAGCUGGAUGGCAGACGGAUUCUGUGGAAUGACACACAUUGGUUAUAAUGCUUGUGAAUUUGAUCCGCCUGACAGGCUGGAGCGGAGCCAUUCCGGAUCCUGUGGGUUUUGCCUGUUAGCGUCUCGAUCUGAUUGCAUUUCCAUGAAGCAAUGAUCAUAAAUGUUCUUCCUUGAGCUGCGAAAUCUGCUGCAGUUGGUGAUUGACUCGCAAGGGCUCCCCCACAAACAAGCGGCAGCUGGAAGAGAGUAGGUGUUUAGUCUCUUUGCUAAAUGAAUCAGGCAAAGCUAAAGAAAUGUUUGGACGCUAGUGCUGUUGCUGGGACCCUAUAUGUACUGUUGAUGAAGUUAGGUGCUGUUCUGAGCAUUAUUUGUAGCUAUAGAGUGGCUUUUUGGUUGAGGUUUCCGCGUGUUGAGUGUACUGCUAUCAUAUGGUCGUUACUUAAGUUGGUAUAACUAAAGAAGUAAGCAGUCGGCACCAUUCAUCUUUCAAGGGGAUGUCUAACUCGAUGUUACGGUGUGUUUGACCCCAAUUUACUUUAUGCGGAAUCUCCCUUUAAUGUGGCCAGAGGUGUCCCUAAAAAACUCCCAUGCUCAUGCCUCAACUAAAGUGAAGGAUAUGCUAACAGUCAUGUGUGGAUGUGCAGAAGUGUGAUUCAAGAAAGGUGAAGAGUCUGAAGUAGCUGUUGACUGAUUACAUUACUGAUGACAUUUUUGAUAUGAUGCUGAUUACAUCCAAAUGUCAUGAAUUGGUCUAAUCAAUUAAUCGGUCUAUCUCCAGUAUGAAGACAGCUAAUCUGUAACACAGUGCACAAGAUUACAUGGUGGUUUCUAAGUGGGUUUUGAUGACAGACUGGGGUUCGGUUAUUUUCAGUGUAUGUCAUUAAUUCAUCCUAACACAUGCUGAGUGGAGCAGCUGUUGCAGUCAUCCUCCAUAAAAGCAAUGGGCAAUGAAGCUGCAUACAGCAGGAAGGAGAGCGAGGCUGUGUAAGUGAAGGCAGUAUUUUAUUCUGGUAGGGAGUGUGUUUUCCUCUGACAGGAACACUCUGUGUGUGUGUCUGACUAUGUUUAGCUGUGUUUGUUUAAUACUUGGUAAUUAUGGCUGGCAGCAUAGUUUGAGCGAGAGCAAGCAGAGGAAUGCCUUUGGUUUGACCCUGUCACUGUGACUUCACCAUGGGUGUGAGUGUGCAUGCAUGCUGAUGUUACCCAGCCAGCACUGUGUAUUUUUGUGCUGUUCCAGUCAGGACUAUAGUUCCAACAUUUUCUCUAAGUUUUGUCUUGGAUGCCGUGGAUCUCUGUGUUUGUCAGUGUUACUCUACAGGAGUUGGCCUGAGGUGGUGCAGAAGUUAAUUCAAUUUUACAAACACUAAUUAGAUUUUGUAACUAAUGUAUUUUUUGUGUGUCUGAAAAAAAAGAAAAAAAAACUGAUAUAGUAGAGGGAGUUCAACACAACAGGAAGGCAGCAGCUUUAAAGGGAUAUUCUGGCAUAAAAUUAAGUUAUGGUCAAACACACUGUAACACCGAGUUAGACACCCCAUCGAGAGAUAAAUGUUGGCGACCGCUUGCUUCUGUAGUUAUACCAACUUUAGUGACGACCGCACGAUAGCAAUACACAGUGGUCUGAGGAGCCAUAAACAAACCUCAACCAAAACGCCACUCUAUAGCCACAAAUAAUGCUCAGAACAGCACCUAACUUAUUCAACAGUACAUAUAGGGUCCCAGCAACAGCACUAGCCACCAAACAUUAUCAAUUCAACAAAUAAAUUAUACACCAGAAUAGUGCUGGACGAUAAUUCGAUAACAAUAUAUAUCGAUCGAUAGACGUGUGGUGCGAUAGAAAAAAAACGGGUCGAUAAAAAGUUCGAUAGAAAAACACAGUUUCCCUUUCUUUUUCAUCAUAGCCUAUCAUGUAGCUUUUACUACAGUCAUUACUUCCUCCCAACCAAUCACAAACGCAGACCCAGGUACGCUACAGCACCAAGCCCAGCCCCUAUCAAACCACAACAGACAGCACGUGUAUUAGAAAAAAUGAUACAGCAAGGAGAAGCGGAGGACAUUGUCCCGAAAAAAGGUUUCAGUAGUUCACCAGCAUGGCAAUGUUUUGGUUUUUAGAAGUCUGACAAAAAGAGAACAGCGGUCGUUUGCAAAAUUUGCAGAGAAUUAGUAAAAACCAAGUCUGGUAACACGACCAACUUGUUUUAUCAUCUAAACCGAUCGCACCCGCAGGAGUACGAGCUGUGUCGGCCGCGCCGCGGCUCCACGUCAUCGUCGGAGGAAUCCUCUGGAACCGCUGCCAGCACCAGCACAAAGCAUGUGAAGCAGACCAAACUGGACUUCGUUUCUUGCCAAAAUACGACAAAGCGUCCGAGCGGCAUAAGGACAUCACCCAUGCAGUAACAUGCUCCAUAGCGAGGGACAUACUGCCAAUAACUACCGUUGAAAAGCCUGGCUUCGACCAGCUUCUAGCCACUCUCGACCCGCAAUAUGAAGUGCCCGGCCGCAAGUAUUUCUCAAACACAGCGCUUCAGGCAUGAAAAUGGGUCAGGGGUUGAAAAGGUGAGAAGGGUGCGGAGGAAAUACGUUCCCGUCCACUCAUUAGCUUCUUAAAGUGGAAGAAAAUGAGCUCAUAUUUUACAAAGACGCGAGUAUUUGGAUCAUGGCUACUAGCAGGGGGUGCAUUCGGCAUGGGUGCAUUCUACGACACAACACCGGCGUGGAUAAGUCCUGCUUCUCGUGCUUAGUUUGUGUAUUAAGUCAAUCACAUGAUAAUUAAAAAAAUAAAUCUCCCGACCCCGGGAGAAAUAUUUCAGUGUUCAGACACCAGGCUGUGGGCAGUUUCUCACACAGUUAAAACUGGUAGUAUGCUAUUCCCACCUAAAGCUAUUCUGUUUAUUUAUAUAUUUGUUUGUUUUGUUUAUUUUAAUCAAAAGACUAUUUAAAUAUUUAUUUAUCAGAUUUUCUGGUCACUUUAGUCUUUAUGUUUGUCAGUAUUUACUGACGUCACUCAGGCCACUUAAGUUGAUUUCUUUUUUUUUUAGUUCUUUUUUAAAAAACUUUCAGUUGUGGUAAAAUAAAAAAGGUGGUUAAAUAAAGGUUUGAAUUUGAAUUCAGUGCUUGUGUGUUCUUUAUUAAAAGUAGGUCAAUAGCAUAAAACAUCCAGGGCUGCAAUUAAAAUAUAUGUUAAAUAAUUAUAAUAAUUAUAUCGAUAAUUAUCGAUAUCGAUCAAUAUGAUUUAUUUUUUAUCGAUAUGCUUUUUUUCUAUAUCGUCCAGGCCUACACCAGAAUAUCCCUUUAACUGGGUAAAUAAGAUGGUAGAAAUUUUGUAAAAAUCUUCAAAAUACAGACACAGACAUUUUUCCCCACACUGCAUGUGUGAGCUGAUCCAGGGUUUUGCCUCUCACAGCACUCAUGUUCAAAUCUUACAGAAACGUGUGAGCAGCACAGCUCUGGGUUUCAUUAUACUAAAUGAAAAACUACAUUUAUUUAAGGAUGCACACUAUUAUUGGCAUUAACCAACACAAACUGCUGAUCACAAGUCAAUGCAAAUGCCAAGACCCCCCUGAUCUGAUGACUGGGACUGGGAUCAGGUUAUGUCAGUGGGUUGUUAGUGGGACUGAUGGAUGAAGUACAGACUUUCCCCUUAAGCUGUAUACAUUCUCUCUGUGUCUAGUAUUAAAAGAGGAAGUCUCUUGUGCUUUGUGACAUUACAAACGCGUUUGUUUUCCUGUGACUUUUCUGAGUUGGCCUAAUCGCUGCAACCAGCAGUGCCCUUUGAGCAACACAUACCCUCUCAUUCACUAUUCUUUAGCUUUAACUCAGUCACGCACAGAACAAACACACACACGGUUUUCCUGUGAGGGUUGAACUGCUGGAUGACAUCAGUGCCUGCUUCAGCCUCUGACUGAUCUGUCCUCCAGAUGGAGUGAAUGGGAGCAGCAGACAGCUGUGCUGGGUGUUACGACAGUGACUUCUGACAGACUAGAGAAAUAUCUGAUCUAGGACCUGAUAGCCUUCUUUUCCUCCCUGAUCAUCAGCUAGAAUGGUUCCGGAGACAUUAACAGCCUUCACAUAUUAUACAUUUGUUAAUUGGUACCAAUGUGAAUAUUCAUCUGCUUUCUGCCAACAGGUCUGCCAAUAAGUGGACUUAUUCUCCCACUGCAGCCCUGACAAGAACUUUCUUUAAAUGACAGAUAGAGAGGCCUGAUUCAGAUUGAAGAUGGAAACAUUUCUGGACCAUUUAUCGAGAUCCGCUUCUUCUCUGUAGCUGAGUUUUACUAUCUGUAAUAGUCAGUCAAUGAUGUUUGGUUUCAGAGCUAAUGGUGCACAUAGAGAAUAAGACAAAUGGAUGUUUUUUUCCUUCAAACUCCACCGACUGAGUUUCUUAGCAUUAUCUGUAGAGAGGGAAAACGAGUUUUAAGCAUGUGAGAGAGCGCUGCGGCUUUGACGUUUAUUGACGUUGGCGAUCAGUUUAAAUGUUUAUUACUGCCACCUACUGGACUUAAGGGUGGAGCAAGGUAAAGAACGUUAUUUACAGUUUCUUCUCUCUUCAGAACACCAUCAGCACACACUGAUUUCACAUUACUGCCACCUGCUAGUACUCAUGAUACUUGCAAUUAGGGCUGGGCGAUAAACCAAAAAUUUACCAGUACUGACAUUUAUGACAAUAACCGAUGUAAUUUUGUCCAUGUCAGUAUACUCGUUGUAAAAACAAUAAUAAUAAAAGUUGGUUUUGGAUGUGUGUAGGUAGUUAAUGGUCUCAUGUCCCUUGAGGACGCUGGAGCGGCAGAGGCAGGGGGUGAGCAGUUAUCGUCCAUUUAUUGUUAUCAAGGUGAACUGCUCAAUAUAUCGUGAUAUUGAUUUGAGGCCAUAUCGCCCAGCCCUACUUGCUUUACGAUUUUACUUUGUUUUCUGGUCUGCUAAGUUUUCUGUGGUUCUUCCAAACAGGGGUCAUUCUGUAAACCAGUAACCAGCCCAUGAUGGUACAGACAAACAAAUCAACUACAGAGACAAAAAAAAGUAUCAGGUCCUGAAAGGUCUAAAUAGAAAAACACCAGAAAAAUUCUGAGGACGUAUCAAAUGAAUUUCUGGGCUCCCUGCCUCUGCCAUGACAGCGCCUCCUCCAGCUUCCUCUGGUACUUUCAGGACUGCUUUUUACAUUCUCACGGGCUUUUGCAAUUAAGUGAGAGACACAUGUGCCGAUUUUAACAUGUCUUAGAUGUGAGAGACUUCAGGUCUGCAGCUUCCUUGUGUCUGAUACAUGAUUGAUAAUACAGGACUUACUUUCUGGGUCUCCAGAUAAAACUGAUUCGGAGAACAUCCCCACUGUUAGGACUUUUUUUCCUCAUGUUGGGAGCUCGGGUCUAGCUUGGAUGUAGCUCUUAUCGUUGGAUCAUGGUGUAGUUGCAGACAGGUCUCAGAUUGAACGCUCAGUAGGCUCUGCUGUGGCUCAGACAAUCCCACGCCCACAUGCUCAUACCCAGUAUCUGCCUCAGAAAUCACACACAAAGCCCAUAUCUCAUUCUCUUUCUUCUGCUCUAUAACAUGUCUUUCAAGGGCUUUUAUCCUUAUCUCUAUCUGUAUGAGUUUAACCAAAGCACUGUGAGUUCCACUUUCACACUGUCUGUCAUUUAAAGCUUCAACUGAAAGAGUUUAAACAGUGUCACAAGUAUAAGCAACACAACAGCCCAGAAUGCUGCCACUUCUGUGUGUAAAAUAAACUUUAAACUUUGAUGUCUUACAAUUACCAAAUCAUAAAGCUGGUAACUGUAGAGAACAUGAAGAAACAUUUCUCUUCACAAUAAUUUUUUCCCCAUAAAACUUGAUUUUCUAAAUACAAGUUUCUGACAGGCUUCACAUCCAUUUACUGUGUCUGUCCACCAUGAAGCUGAUGUUUGUACCAUGAUUUUGUUAUAACUGUUACAUUAACAACACAGAUAGACAUGAUUGUUAACAUCAUGACAGGAUUUUCAAACCUUUACAUAUGAAGGACUCUCUGUUUCAGCAGAGAAGAUUUCUUUCCAGGAGUUGAUAUCAGCAAGUAUCUGUUAACAGGAUGUUUCCCAGGGACUGCUCUUUUACAGUUUACCAGGUAAUCCACCCUCCUCACUCACUUGCCUCCAGGUGAGCUCCUUUUUAUUCCGGUUUCGGUAAUUGAAUGGAAAGGUAUCAUAUAAUUCAGGGCGCCCACACAUUGACAUGAUCAGUUUGUCCUUCAUUUUAGAUACCAGUGAACAACCAUCCGUUUUCAUACAUCGUCAAGCAAACUUUGUGCUAAUUAGUUAUCGCGAGGCGAAUAUCCGCUAAAGUUGAGACAUUUAGCUCCAAUUCGCGUCCUUUGAGCAGCCAGAGUAGUAGGAGCAUUUGAUUGCGUCUUUGCAUUGACUUAGCAUGUAAUUCAUUCGUGCAAACGGUUUUACUCGCGCUUGGUGUGUGGGGACAGUAAUAGCCUGUUGUUGUUGAAUGCUCAUACAAAGGUGAGCUGACCUGAGAUCUGCAUCCUGGUGAUUUAGAAUAAUCAAAUUUGAAUGUGGUGUGGAUAGUCAUGUUUACAUGUUCAAAGUUUCUUGAAUUUGAGGGAUCAGAAAAUCUAAAUCCACUGUUUAUAUUGGCACAAAAUCAAAUAAUCCGAUCAUGACAUGCGUACACAUGCACCAAGCAUUAUACAUAUUAGAAGCAUUUAGACAUGCCCAAAGUUGUCUAAUUUCGCUAAACUCUAAUUUUUGCUAACUUUCCCUCCACUUAGAAUGGACCUGAUUCAGAUUCUGAGAGCGGUUACAUUGCGCCUAGCGUACAUGACCAUCAAGCAGGUCCAACAGCACAUACUGAUCCUAUGUUACAUGAGGAAACAGUAUCCAGCAAGAACGUUGUGUCAGACACAGACCAACUGGUCUUGGAUCCCGCCAUGUUUACGUCUUGUUACUAACAGCGGAACUGCAUCACAUUGACAUAGGGCACACAUGUGCAGUCAGGCUAGUUUUGCCCCAACUGAAAGUCAUGAUUAGAGUAAGUGUUUACAUGGACGGUUGGCAUAAACCACCCCUCUCUAUUGGGAUACAAUUUCUCUCCGUUUGAACCGGAUUGGAUCAGAAUUUUCCGAUGGACAUGUUUACAUGGUGCAUUUUUAUUCAGAUAAUUUUUGCCCAUGUAUACACAGCUGUUGUUUGAGGAGUGAUUCGGUUCGAGCUCAGUCACAUCCAGACUGCACAGUUGGACUGUGAUACGAACAUUAGCAGCAGGUGCAGCUCAGCUCUGACCUUGCUGUCUCACCUGCCUGAAUGCUUAAUUAACCUAAAGCAGUGUUAAAUCAGAUGACCCCACACUUACCUGCACACUCAGCAGGAGUGUUUAUGGCUUUAUUGUUGUUUGCUGUGUGGAAGGUCAUAUUUGAACCUGUAGUACAUGAUUUUUCUGCUGCUUAAAGGGCAUCAGGCCACUUAUAACUUUUGACAAUGACCUUUAACAGAGGCAAAUCUUUACAUGUUUAGGGCUGUUAAUGCUGUUAGGAAACAGCAGCUGAACUUGGACUUUUGGAUUUCUGUCAAGCUCUCUGAAAGUAGUAAGGAAGAAAAUAUUCAAGGUUCAUCUUGGGGGUCAAAAAAGGAAAGGCUUGUAUAAAUUUGUGCACACAUAGAUCAUAUAAACAUGGCUGUGGUGUCUGUUUGUAAUGAAUUUAGACCAGAGAAAAGACAAAGACACUGGCUCAUCCAAAGAUAUCAGAACAUGGCUGUCAGCACCAAACUGCAUCAUUAUACAUGUUUUUUUUUCAUCCAGGGAAGAUGCUGCUGAUAUUAGGCUUGACUGGGCUGAUUCUUCAAUGAUUGAUGGUAUGAUUGAACUGAUUGAUCAGCUGACUGAACUGAUUGAUCCGUUUCUAGCAUGGAUACUAUCCAGCCCAUUAUUCUGCUCUUUUUUCACUGACUGGUUGUUGGCACAGUGUCACAGCAGUGCACAGUUAGUGUGUGUGUUAGAGAUUAGUGUUCCACUCAAAUCCCUGCCUUUGUGAGGGUCUUUAAGUCUCAAGCUCCCAUGUGUCUGCUUGUUGCAGAGUAAGCUUGUUUGGCUCGUUUGCUUGCAUUUAAAAAGUGGUUUGAUUGCCAUUAGGGCCUGUUACUUGUCGACCCCCCCUGACUCUCUAGGCUUUGUGUCACUCAGGCUGUGCUGUGAACUCUCCAUCCAUGUGAAAAAAAGAUUAAAUCCAGACAAAGUCCUGGUUAUCUGAGGUUAUACAGGCUUUAUUUGAGCCCUAGAGCUCCUUGACUGAACCUUGUAAUUAAACCUUUAGCAGAGAGUCAUUUUUGUUGUAUGUAAUCUGCCCUUGGUACUGCAGUCAGGUUGUAAGGGUAUAGGGGUCAACCAAAACUAUUUUUUUCAGGGCAAAUACUGGCUGUCAGUCUUCUACAAGACUCAGGGCUUGAUACUAACCAAGUUGAAAAAGUAAGGAGAGCGCAAAGAACUUUAAGGACACAAUGAAAAUUGAUCAAAUAAUGUUUGUCUUAUUGGUCGACAUAAUUAUUUGAAAUCAAUUUUAGGUGUUUUUGUCACAUGACAUGGAAGUUAUUGAAGAAAAUGUUCCAAAUUUGCCUUUAAAUUUGACACAAAAUAUUUAGAGGACAAAUUAGGGAAAUAAAGAGGUGUGUCUUAUCGUCCGAAUUUAGUACAAUUAUUUGAAAUCAGGUCAAUUGGUCACAUGACAUGUAAGAUAGUGAAAGAAAAGGGUCUUCUUUGAGAACAUCAACCAUCAAUUUAUUGAUGGUCCCUUAUUCAACACCCGACGUCGACAGUGAGGGUGCCGAGUAGAUUUAACUGCGCUGCUGUUGCUAUUCCCAGUUAUGGAGAGUGAGAAGAAACCAGUGGAUCUGCAGUGAAUGUCCAUCAGAUACUAACCUAAAACAUGAAAGAAAAAUUUGUUGCCUCGGCUAAUUUUUUUAUGCACACAUGUGCCCCUAAAUACGCAAAUGCGAGUGAAGGGUUGCACUGUCAAGCCCUGAGACUGAUGUCAGAUUUUUGGGGGCUGAUAUUCGUUACCAGUAAAAUUGAGAACAUUUCUGUCAAAAUCCAGAAUGUUAUAAACUGCAACUAAAAGAAUUUUGCUUUUCCACAUGUGCAACAAAAACAGCAAAGUUACAUAGUUUGGUGUCCAUACUACAUACAAAGUUUCAAAUCACAAGGUAUGUUGUCAUAACCUUAGAAAGUCGAUGUAAGCUGCUCAAAUCUCGGACAAACGCACGAAAAUGCAGACCGUAGUCUAUGUGCGAGAUUAACCUAAUGUCUGACGUAAGAAUUAGUCUCUCCUUACUGGUUCAUCUGAGCGUCCGGCAAAACGGAACGGCCUGACUCCAACAGCGUGUGAGGCGACACCCACAGCAUUGUAACCAUAGACAUAAUAUAAAUAUAUACAUUAUGUCUAUGGGGGUGACUCUGCUCCGCUGCUCAACUGAUCGACCAUGAUAGAGGGAGCAGGGCCAAAACAUCAAGCUCUGACCCCAGUCGGCUUCAAAAAAAGCCUCCUCAGAGGUGGCAUAGCAGUCAAGUAUCCUGUCUUGGCUGGGAGACCACCCUAUUUUACCCCUCUUUCCCGCCGUCUUCCUGUAUUAGUAUUCCUGCAAAAAUCUCCCGUAUUACAAUAUAUACAGUAUUCAUACCCCUUGAACUUUUUCACAUUUUGUCACUCUACAACACUCUACACAACAGGUGUUUUUAUGCUGAUACUAAAUUACACACAGGUGGACUCUAUUAACUAAUUAGCUGACUUCUGAAGGCAAUUGAUUGCACUGCAUUUUAUUUAGGGAUUCAGAGUACAGGGGGGCUGAAUACAAAUGCACACCACACUUUUCAGAUUUUUAUUUGUUUAAAUGUUUGAAAACCAUGUAUCAUUUUCGUUUCAUGUCACAAUUAUGUGCUACUUUGUGUUGGUCUAUGACAAAAAAUCUCAAUAAAAUACUUUUAAGUUUGUGGUUGUAGAGUGACAGAAUGUGAAAAAGUUCAAGGGGUAUGAAUACUUUUUUAAAGGCACUGUACGUAUGAAAAAAGACUUUUCUCUGCCUGUCAAACUAAACUCUGUCACUAGCACGUUCUGAAUACCUACCAGCUAUUAGGAGCGAGUUGUCGUCUGUGAUCACACAGAAGAUGAAUUACUCCUAUAUCUCAAGUCAGUUUAAAAAGUAAAGAUCUUACCACUACACUACUAAAGUGUCUUAAUACUGCAGGGGAGGGUAUGAGACAGGAGGGUCAAAUGUGUAGUACACACACACACACACACACACACACACACACACACAGAGUGAAGGGAAGUGGAAAUGACAUGUGUGUCUCAGAUCAGAACAGCGAAAACGACGGACCCUGGCUUUACAAUAACAGAGAGACAUUCAGAAGAUGAUCCAGCAGCAGCUAAUCUGAAUGUGGAGUUUUCCUCCUUCUCAGUUAUACUCUUUAUACAUCACGCUCUGCCUCCAAAGCUUUUUCUGUGUCUGUCCUGAAAUUUCAUCAUCUCCACUUCACCUCAGCAGCUUCUACGCAGAGAAGAAAACUAUCAGCAUCCUUCAUCCUCCCUAAUUGUUCUCAUUAUGCAAACCCUCCUCAGCUUUUCUCUGUGGGUGAAGCUUUGAAGCUGCUGUGCCCUGAAAACAAGCACCUUUUUUUAGCUCAGCCUUCUCAACAACUGGGGCCUCUUCGUAAUGCCUUUAAUGCUCUACAUAAGAUCAGGGAAUAUGAAGGUGAGUAGGUGACAAAGAAAAGCCAAAACCGGGACUGAUGUUUAGACAUGGAUGUAGGGUGCUGUCAACAUUUCUGCUUUUAAUCAUCCCAAAUAUAAAACUGAAGUCAUUUCACAGUCUUAGUCACGAACACUUAACUCCUAGAUUUUCUGACUGAGCGCUUAGGAGAGGCAGAAGACAUCAGAUCUUUAUAAGAGUGUGAGAAUAUGAACAGACUCAAGAACUGAGUCUUUGGUAAAACCAACUACGUUAUGACCAACAGAAAACAUGAAGUAAGACUUUGUUGUAAAAAGUCAGGACAUGUCAGGAGCCAAAGAUGUCGGACAGAAAAAGUACAAACACGAGGUUUUCUAUUGAGCUUUAUAUUUUUCUAAGGUUUGCCUCAGAUAUUCAAGUUCUACUUUGAAAACACUAAGACCUGUGGCAUCGACUCCAGCACUCUCAUCCACCAGACUGUGAAGCAGAAGUAGUGAAAGUGUCUCCCUGUCUUCAGUCUCCCAUUCAUCACCUGGACUCAGAUAUAACCUCCACUCCUCCUCGCAGUCUCUUUGGAUCCUAUUGAAUAAAUGAUGGCAAUGUGAUACUGCAGCAGGCAGCAGCCAGUGCUGAGCUGGACACUGACACUCAUCCUUCCCCAGCAUUAAUACAACACACAAACACACACAGAAACACAAAGGUGAAAGUAGGACUGGGUGAUUUGGCAAAAAAAUCAUCACAACGUAUUUUGUCAUAUCCUCCGAUCUCGAUUAUUAUCACGAUUUUAUUUUGUUGUAUUUUUUUAAACUGACAGUUUUAAAGCAUCUGUACUAAAAACUUAAGAAACUAGAGAUUAGUUCAUCAUUUUAUUAAAAUACAAAGUAAAUAAGAAAGCAAAUUGAAGAAGAUAAACUUAGAAACAUAUAAAAACCAUUUUAACUCAACAGUAGAGAACCGAAAUAAACAAAUCGCCUCCUCAGGGAAAAUGAAGACACCUUUAAAUGUAAACAUUAGAUGAUAUGAUUGAUUGCUGCUUUGGUCUGGUGACUGCCUGACUAGAUGUAGCUAAACUUGCUAAUGCUACUUAUGCCGUCAGCAGUGACAGGCUGUGCACACUCCGCUCGCAUUUUCAUGCUUUUCACAUAAUCACCUGGAAAGUACUUUUUCAAACAGAUUUGUUGUUUUGCCGGUUUUUAGGGCACUGACUGCCAACAUACUUUGCACAUCGGCUUCAUUGCUCGACGUCACUUUGGAGAUACCGGAACCAUCACCACACAUCUGACGGUGAAUACCUUGUUUACUUCUUCUGUGAUUUACAGAAGUCAGCAGGAAAAGCUCAACUCUGAUUGGCUGUUGUCACACAUAUUUCCGCCAUGUUUAAUCGAGUAAAUAUGCUCACAGCUGAUCACCGUGAUUGAACUGAAAUUUAUUGUAAUCAUUAAUCACGAUGCAUUACUUACAGUAUAAACUCUUAUCUGAUGUGAGUUAGUCAUGAUACAGUAAUAUUCUGUACUUUGCCGUAGAUUGAAUCCUGCAAUAACAUCUGAGGCCCCAUGGGAAGUGAAGUUCUGUGGACGUCCAUGUAAACGGCUCUUUACUGAGUAUCUUUGUAGUUCAGCAGUGACUCAGUGCUGCUCAACAACUUUUAUAGUCCACCUAAAGCGACUGCAGACCGACAGCAAACCCCCAAAUUAAAGCUUCUGCUGAUGCAUGUGAUGAAUGAAGUUGAAUUCUGCGCCAACAUGCAUUCUCCAAGAGAAGCUGCAGCCUUAGAUGAGCUUAUUCCAGAAACAGUCUUCUCAAACAGAGAGGCUGAAUAUCAGAUUAAGCUUUCAGAUGCAUCCCUGUCCGUAACCUCCUCUGCAGUCAUAUUUUUAGAUGCUGUGUUCAUGCCUAAUCCCAGCAAAGGCAAAAAGCUGAAAUACGAUGUGAAUCACACACAGACAUCAGCCACAACUGCAUGUGUGAAUGAGAACACUUCACAAUAUCUAGUGGUGAGAUUUAGAUUGAAAUGCUCAGUGUCUUGAGGAGCAGCCUUUUCAAUGGCAACAAAAUGAUUUUUAUUUGUUAAUUAAAACAUACUCAUGAAUUAAGUACAUCCAAGUCUUUUCUACUACCUGCACUCGAAAAAUCAAACCAUUAAACAUGAAGAAAUAUUGAAGAGGUGAAGAUCACAAAAACAUUAUAAACUGCAGAUCUGCCAUUAUUCCUUUAAAUCACAGUUUUUAAUUCUCCUCUGAGUGAUUUUUGAAAUAGUUGUUUUAAUUUUCAUUUAACCAGGAGAAAAUCUCACUGAGAUUAAGAACCACAUUUUCAAGAGUGUCCUGGAAAAGACUGUCAGCAGCAGUUCACAAAGUUUCUGACAAAGAGCAGCCGUACAUAUAAACAUACAGAAGAGCAGGUUUACAACAGAUUUUUAUUUUAAUAAAAUAGGGCUGGGUGAUAAACGGAAAAUUUACCGAUACCGAAAUGUACGACAAUAACCAACGUCAUUUUGCCCAUGUCAAUACAUUCGGUGUCAAAUAAAUAGAUUUUAAAAAAAGUUGGUUUUAGUGUGCAGGUAGGCUAUGGUCUCAUGUCCCUUUUAAGACACUGUCCUACAUCAGAGACAUGACUCCACCCCAUCCAGUCCAUAACAAAGAGGGAAAGACAGGUGAGGAGAUGGAGGACGGUUCAAAAGUUGUAGCGGCUGAGGUAGACGACGUUAAAGCUAUGGUCUACAAUCUGAAAACCAGUUUGGCAGUUGAGACAGAUUUGAAAAACGCAGCCUGCCCCCCCCUUCACUCACCCCUCCGUGUUCAAAGAUCCCGCCCCCCAAGCUCGUGUUGCCUCCUAACAACACGCCCCCUCUGGUAGAGCAAGAAGCCGUCCGGCAGAAAAUAUCAGCAGUGGUACACAGUGGUAGCCAUUUCAAUUGGACUGGCGCAGUCAUAACCAUAUAUUAGCGGGGCGAAGCGGGUCUGGCGUCACCACUGCUAGCCGGUCAGAGCAGAGCCGAUUGUGGGCGAGGCUUUACCUUUCUCAGCGUGUCUUCACCAGCUCAGUUUACAAUGCUAAAGAUGCAUGACUUACUUAUGCUAAACUCUAUUGACAGAGCCUACCCGUCCGACCAACAACGUUCAGUCAUUAGCCAGUAUAGGCACAGACUAACCAGAGUUAUUCAGCAGAUAUCGCCCACUGUAGUAAACAGAGUAAUUACCUGUUCAACAGAAAUUCGUCUGUCCCAGCAUCAGUUUUCAGUCCCAAAUCCCUCUGCAGCUUUUUCCACCGGUCUUAUGUUUCUCCAAUGUUGACUCUCCAUUGGCACCUGUAUUGCUCACAUUUCUUCCUUACUUCAGCCUUUUCCUCGAAACCUUGACGUUUCCUUCCUUUCGAUGUGGAAGAUAACAGAAGUGGCCUCCUGGUUUCGGUGUUCGUCUUCUCUGGCUCAAUUACGCUUCAGCAGCUGUGCAGAUCGCUAAUCACAUGUAUGUGAGGGGGGUAGUGGGGACCAUGGGUGGGAUGGUGCGGAGCAGGGGAGACAGGGGAUUGGAUGGAGAUGGUCGAUUAUUAUUCCUUUCUUGCAGCGGAUGGAUUUUUUUUUCGUUGUUCUUUUUUAUCUUUAUAUUGCGUAGAUCGGACCACAGGAUCAUAACGGCCUUAUAAACUGUGUUAUUAAUAAGUACCAAGCUUCCAAAUGGUAGGCCAAAGCUUUAAUGUGGGAGGGGGUGAGCAGCUUGUGGAGGAGUUAUUGUCCAUUUAUCGUUAGUGAGUUCAACUGCUCAAUAUAUCAUGAUAUUGAUUUAAGGCCAUAUCGCCCAGUCCUAUGAUAAUAAGCUAUGUCAGUGUAAGUCAUCAUGUGUACAACCUGCCUCCAGGUCAUUAGAUGAUGCCUUAAAUUUCCCAGUGAAACUUGUUCUUUGAACUUCUGUAGUUCUUUCCAUGAAAAGGAAGCAGUGAAUUUAUGGACCUUUUCACCUUCUCAGCUCUGAGCUUCUGAACAGAUGAUGAGAAAAAGCUCUGUGUUUAAAGAGUGUAGAUACCUGUAGAUACUCUUCAGUUUAAAGAAGAUUAGGAGGUAUGAAAGAAGAAGACAAAAGAUGGACUUAUGAAUCAGAUAACUCAUGACAUGACACCUUUACUGAAAAGAGGAUCACCAUCUUCAUCUUUAUGUACCCUCAGACAAAAUGAACCAGGGAUAUUUCCAUCGCAGAGAUAACAGGUCACUGUAUCAAACUUAAAAAUUAUAGCCUGAUCACUGAAGAUCCCCGUUACUCACUGUGCGACUCUGCACUGAUGACUUUUUCAGACAGAGGAACGAGGAACGAUGGCUCAAGUCCAGAGUUUUAUGUUUGAGGGGUCCGACUACAUGCAGCUGCCAAGUAACUACAGUCCCACAGUAUGGAUAUAUCCAUGCAUUAUAAUAUCUGAAUCUACUCACAAACCCUAAUGCUUUUAAAUGAUGUUCUUGGAAACCAAACAGACAAAUACCUUUGUUUUUUAACUUGGUAUAUAUAGUAUAUAUAAAAACGAUGUAUGUGUUUCACAGAUACAUUUAAAGUGAAAGAAGGACACAGUGAGAAAUCUGAGCCAAAUGACAGAUCAACCCAUGCUGUCCUACUUUCUCCCCUGAAUAUCACAAGGCUUUAUAAACCUGACAUACACAUUGUUACAUGUCUUGUGUCUGUUGUAAAUGGGCACAGACCCCUCUGGUGCAUCAUAGCUUAUAGAUAAUGUGUAGUUAGCAGAUGGUUCUGUGAAAGGGGUCCUAUAUUCACCCUGAAGGGAAGAUCAUUUUAUUGGUUUAAAAAUGAUUUAUUCAUACAGCUAAAAAAAAACUUCUCCCUUAGUUUCAACAGCUGCUUGUGCUUCCAUGGCAACACUGUUCUUAUCAGCCAACGAGUGGAUCAAAUUAACAUUGAAUGUAAGUUUUAUAUUCUCGGGAAAGAUGCCAGAUUCUUGCCGGCCCUAUGAUGUGUGAUCAAGUUGUCCCAAGUUCUGCCUUUGCAAAUAUUUCAUGCAGCAGAAUGACAAGUGAGAAAGUUAGGACGUAAAUCUGGUUUUAUUGAAUGUUGUCAUUCAUACAUCAGGCUAAAAGGUUUUUAUUUUUUUUUCACACAUGAAAAUGAAUGAAACAUGGUCAGGGUCUGAACAAAUCUGUGUGCCCACAUUGAGGUUUUUGUUCGCUGUAGGUUUAAAAUGAGAGAGGACCUGUUGUCUGUCAUCAUAGUAUUACAGCUUAAAUACUGGAUGUUUCCUCAUCCAGCCUGACUGAGCUAAUUUUGCUUAAUAAGGUGUUUCUCAUGGCAGACUGUUUCCACAUCUACAUAAAUAAACUGUUUCUGUAAAAAGAAAAAAAAAAUCUGUUAUUCCAGUUCAGGGUGAGGGAGGAAAGAACCGUGUGUGUCUGCUUUGAUGUUUGGAAAUCUCCUGCUGGCUCCGUUACAAGAGCUCCUCGACUUGGAGAGGACCGAGGUUUGAUGUAGAAGUUUGGAGCCAGAGCUGAAAUUAUUCAGCUUGCCUUAAAGCUGCAGAAUUGUACUGUCAGCCAUUCUGGUACAAUGGGACAGCUUCCAGGGGCUUUGUUCUUUAUAUCAAAAGAGAUAUUUUUGCCCUCCGUGAACGUGACACAGAGAACAACCCUGUUCAUAAUCCACGGUACACACUGUAUGGGCCACUCGCUUUCUCUGACUGUUUUCAUGUGUUUACUUGGAGAAGAUUUCUGGUCAUCACAUGUGCUUUGCAUAUUUCUCCAGCACACCGUGUUUGUGCUGACAGCUUCAACUUUACCCGGAACACAAAAUAAAUCUUGAUCCAAAAUCAGCUGGAAGGAGAAUGAACUUGUGACAGAGUUGGCCUCCGUUAUAAAGACAGCUUGUAACUACAGCAUGUACGAACUCUAGGGCUGUCAGAUAGUUGAAAUAUCAUGAUUCAUGACUGCAGGGGCCAGUUUCAGUAGAUGACCAGGACUCAGUUAGUGCUGAUAGUGGAGGACUUUCUAAAGACCUCUCAAACUAGAGCCGCUGUUUUGUUUUUAUGCGCAAUAAAAAAAGUUAUUUAAACUAAAGGCCUGCAGUAUUUAAAGAAAGAGGGUAUAUAUACAAUGAUAAAACUGUUUAGUAUUGUAACAUCAGUUAGAAGUGAAGUAAAUUAACAGUCAUCUGUUACAUGUUUUCCUUAAAGUGUUUUUAUCACUAACUUAUUCACAGUUAAUCUGAGGUUAGCUUACAGUUGGCUGCAUCAGAGUUAUGUAAAGCAUAACCAAUAAUACUCAGACCUACAUUUACAAACUCCAGCUCCAGUGAAGUUGGGAUGUUGUAUAAUACAUGAAUAAAAACAGAAAACAUACAUCUUUAAAUCUUUUUCCAACAAAAUUUAACUGAAUACUCUAUAAAGAUAUCUUAUGUUCAAACUGAUAAAUUUGAUUGCUUUUGUAUAUUUUCACUCAUUUUGAAGUUGAUGUCUGUGUUUGAGGUUAAUUUUAUUACCAUCAUCCAAAGAUCCUUUUUUUAUAUUUUUGAUAAUUCUUUUUAUUUAUUUACCAGUGAGAGUAAAUCUCAUUUUUCAAUAGGUUAACCCAGAGUCAGUCUGAAAAGGAAAAUCUCUGAUUUAUAGUUGAUAAAAAUGAGGUGUUGUCCCUGAGAGAAGUUCUUCUGUAUUUUCAUCUGGUUCAGUCCUUUGGGAGAGAUGAACAUCUGUUCAACAUGUCAUGACGAUCAGUCCAGGAGAUGUUGAAAUGUUUGAGUCCUGGCUCAAGUGAAAGUACAAACCCCACUCACCACACCACUACCACUCCUGUUUUCAGAUCCUGGUCCCCUUAGACCUCAGAGUAAUCCUGAGAGAAGCGUUCCCUUCUCCUGAUAAAACUCCACAGAACUGAGAACAGAAGGAGAGACUCUUUUUUUUUUUUUUUUUUUUUUUUAGCAAGUUUCCUCUGUUUUUUAAGAGCACAUUAGAGUUUCAAUCAGUCCUGGUUCUAGCAGGGUUCGUGCAGAUUCAUAUCAUAUGUUGACAAAUCAGAACUGUAGAUGGGUCUAUACGUUCCCCUCACAGGUCCUACUCCACCUCUGAGUAUCAGAAUCAGCUUUAUCGGCCAACUGUGUGUACACAUACAAAGAAUUUGACUCCAGUAAACUUUGCCCUUUAUGUUAAAAACAUUAAACUGGAAAUGUUACAAAAAAUUAUGUAUGUAAGUAUGUACUAGGGCUGUAAUCAACCAAAGAAAUUCUUGGUUAACUAAAACCCUGAAAUUUUCGACCAAAGGUCGACUAAUGUAAACUACCAGACGUUGAUUAACGUGAUUGCUCCUCAAUCUUCUUGUCUCUAUUCGGUCUCCACUCCAGUGAGUUGGGCGAAUCCAUAAUGGUGAAAACAAGGGGGGGCGGAAAAAAAUUGAGUUGACCAAUCAGAAUUUUGGAUGACUCAGCACAUAUCGACCAAUAAGUCAACCAGUUGACUAGGACUUUACAGCCCUGGUAUGUACAAUCUCGACUCGAACUAGACAUUUAACUUGUUUUAAAAUGACUCCAUUUCAAAAUGUCCUUGCUUGAUAAGAUCUUACCUGAGUGUGAGCUUCAUGAAGUGAAAUUCAUUUUUUAGCUAUAUUAUAAUGAUAUGACUCAGUCUUUAAGUACUCAAAUUUCCACAACAAACCAGCACAUAUAAAUUCUUAUAAAAAUACAGAGAACUGGGGGAGGACCCCAAACCCCCAACCCAAGUUCCCAGGACUCACCCCGACAAUAAAUGGAACCUGUGAGUCUUUAUUUUUUUCUUUCUGCGCUUGUUUUGAACCUUGUAGUCCCAGCCAAUCCUGCUGGGCACUAAACUUUUGGAGCUAAUUCUUGGUUUGGGAAAAUGGAGACAUGCUCUGACUCACUGUGGGACACACAAGUAGAUCCACGCAGACACACAGAUGUUGGAGAGCGGUAGGGGAAACCCUUUGUAACGCUAUGUUGUCUCUUUUCAUGGUUUUUCAUUAAUGAGUGUUGUGAACAUACACAUCAUCAGCUGCCUUUGUUGUGCGUCAUCGUGUCGGCCGUGACCUCUGCUCACACCCUGCCUGUUGCUCAUUUCAACCAGAUAAACAGACAUGUGCUUGGACUGGCUCAUUGGGAAGAGUGAGAGUGGGGGUGGGGAUGGAGUCUGAACACAGAUUCUCCACAGCAGCUUUUGUUUGUGUCAUUAAAUUUUGUUUUUGUUGAACAUUAGUCAGAUUAUGGGCUGCGCAGCAUAUGGUCAGCAAGGACAGAUGUUCUGUCAAAGACUUUAUUAUCCCUGAGGUUCAACCCCUUUUGACUGGCAGUAGGUUUUAUGGGCCCUGUGAGGUUGGAGGGUAGAGUUCACACGGAGGAUGGGAUGAGCCAAAGAUCAGAAAAGUGAGGCAUUUGUAAAAGUAGAAGAAAAAAAAUACAGUGUUUAAACUGCUAACUUUGAUCAGUAAUGGAUCUGCAGCCUGCUGGAGUUCAGUCCUCAGCUUCCAGAUUAAAUUUGCGCUUAAACUCAGAGUGAGUUUUAUCUCUACAUGACCACACGAAAACAUUUCACUUCAAUUUAUCAUCUUGUUGUACUUUUGUAAAGUCUGUCUAGUGAGAAAGUCUUCACUACCAUGAGCCAGAAAUGACCGAAGCUUGAUUUAACAGUGUGUUUUGGCUUUGAUGAAGGUCUGUGGACUGGAUUCCUCUUCCUCUUCAGCUGGACAACUCUCUUAGGACACGUGAAUAUUGUUUGUAGACCUUCUGAACCCAGUGAUUAAAGUUAGAAUCGGCCCAUCCAAUCCUGCUUGGUUAUAAACGAUGCACAUCUAUCAGGGGAAGAAAAAAACAGCACUGUUGUGUUUGAGAAAAAGCUGAAUUUGACCACUUCCAUGAUAGAAAAUGAAUAAACCAUAAACACAUAAAUUCAAAAACUGUCAGCUGAAGUUUGAGCAUUUUUGCUGGAGUUCUCGUCAGUGACCCAGCCCGUCCUGCAGAGUGUCGCAGAAAUGAAAGCUCUCCGUUUGGCUGCGUGUCAGCGGAGGCCCCAUCCAUCAGCUUAAUGAUGAACUGAUCAAAAAUAAACUUUGGCUUGAUCACUCCGUCUGAGACAUUAGUCACUGUGCUGGCAGAGGACGAGGAGAGAGGGAGAGAGGGUGAUGAGAGAAAUACUGUCACAGAGACAUAGUGUGAAAUAGAGAAAGUUUAACUUUGUUUGAGUCAAAAUCAGUGCUAUUGACAAAGUCUUCAUGUUGAUUUAUUUGACGGUAUAAACACGUUCAUCUCAGACAGAAGACUCUUUGUCAGUGACCUCUCAGCUCACUUGGCAGAAACUAGUAUACAUGAAAAUCUUCAGUGGUUUAGGACUGUGACAGCUACCCUGGAGCUUCUGUAGUUGUAUUAUUGAACAAAAUUAAAGCCUUUUUCCUGCUGUACUCUGUUUGUACCUCUUUGUGACGAUUUUCCUGGCAUUUAUGUGGACUUUGACUCCACCCUGCACAGUCUGUAUGUGGGGCAUGAUCUAUAACUCAACUGCUUUUUAUUUCAGAAGGCAUUUCAACAGGUCAGCGCUACAACACAGCCCAGACAGAUAAGCUGUAGGAGUUUCAUUCAGUUUUUAGCUGUAGAAGAUUGAAGAAAUGAUAACCUGGGCCAUUAUUUUUUACAAUGCCCACACCAAAACAGAUGUUAAAAUAACCUAACAUCUGAUUAUAGAUAUUAUGAAGAGACAGAGCUGGGGGGCUGUAACGCCUCAUUGACUGUGUGAAAGAUCCUAAGACAGGAUGAUGGAGGGAAGUCAAACUGCCGCUGAGCAGAGAUCAUCCUCUGUGGAAAUCCGACCACCAUCACAGCAGAUCAGAGCGUGUGUGUGUAUGUGUGAAGCUUGUGCUGUCUGUUUACACCUCAGGCCAUGUUUUCCUCUGCAGUGUUGUAACUCGGAGUAAAACCACCAAGCACAGAGAUGAUCAAAUUCAGAGAGAAAAUAUUUGAGGGAGACAUGAUGGCAGAGCUUUGUGAGGCUGCUGUUGUUGAGCCCUCUCAAAAAAGGCUACUUCUACUGUGAGAAGACACUUGGGUCUCUGUUUAUAUGGGCAUCAGGAGGGUUUGAACCUCUUGCCUUCAGCCUGUGCAUCACACAAAGUAACUCACAGAUACACAAGGAACACAGAGUUUCAGUGCAAGUUUGUGCAGGUUCACAAUGAAGGACACAUUCCAACAUGGAUCUACAGCUGAGAGUGAUCAGUCCUGUCAGCCUCAUGAGCAAAUAUACUAACACACACGCUCCACGCUCCUUUCUAAAUCUGUGUGUGUGUGUGUGUGUGUGUGUGUGUGUGUGUGUGUGUGUGUGUGCCCGCCCAAUAGAGCAGAGGGCAGGCAGACUCUUUGUAGUAAAUAAUGGAGUGUGAGUGACUGUGUGUUUAUGACCAAAGGGGGGAAAGCCUGUCAACAGAGCCUCUCUGUUACCAUCUGCUGUGUGCCCCCCCCCACCCCCGACUUUCUAUUAGUUUCUCUGACUCCAAAAUGACUGUUGACUGUUUAUUGUUUGCUUAAACAUCAUUUCUGAUGAUUGUUCAGCCUGGAUGAAAUAUCUUUAUUUGAACGUUUAGGUGAUAUUAAUGUGGGAGGUCAUCAUAAAGGCGACAGCCACUGUCUUUGUUGCACAUGGUCCCCCUUUCCAAACUAAACAUAUACAGCAGAGCCAGAAAACGACUUCCAGAGUGUCCCACUAGUGAAAGAAAGAAAACAGUGAAGGCACCAUGUCACCAGCACUUAAUUGGUUGGUAGUGUGCAAAAAGCCUUGUGGAAAGGUCUAACGAUUGCAUUUCCAGUAAUCCUCAUGUUCCAAUAAUCAAUAACCCAGUACUCACAAGUUCUACAUUUAGUACUAGUCAGCUAAGAUUUUUGCAGUGUGCCGUUCAUCAGUCUGAAGGACAGAGGUCUUUAAAUACCAACUGUCAGUGAAAUGAUAAGUCAUAAUAACAAAUAGUCUGUUCUGAGACCUGUCCAUGAGACUGUAGUAAGACCUGUCCAUAAGACUGUAGUGAGACCUGUCCAUGAGACUGUAGUAAGACCUGUCCAUGAGACUGUACUGAAACCUUUCCAUUAUUCUGAAGAGAGACCUGUCCAUGAGACUAUAUUGAGAGUUGUUUAUGAGUCUGUACUGAGACUGUAGUGAGACCUGUCCAUGAGUCUGUACCGAGACCUGUCCAUGAGUCUGUGCUGAGACUUGCUCAUGAGACUGAAGUGAGACCUGUCCAUGAGACUGUAGCGAACCCUGUCCAUGAGACUGUAGUGAGACCUGUCUAUGAGUCUGUGCUGAGACCUGUCUAUGAGUCUGUUUUGAGACCUGUCUAUGAGUCUGUAUUGAGACCUUUCCAAGAGUCCGUACUGAGGCCUGUCCAUGAGUCUGAAGUGAGACCUGUCUAUGAGUCUUUACUGAGACCUGUCCAUGAGUUAGUUCUGAGACCUGUCCAUGAGUCUGUAGUAAGACCUGGAAACAAAUCAUGACAGUGCAGAGGUGAGCCUUCCUGAUUAAGCUUUAAUGAAGACUCAGAUUUCAGAGAACCGGGACAGUCUGAUCAGUUUUUAUGGAAAAGAAAAUUACUGCUGUGCUGCCAAGAUUACCUGUGAUGUUACUAUGGAGGGAUUUGUUAGUAUGGUCUGGGUUUGCACUGCUGCAGUUUGGCAGAGUUGAUUUCAUCAACCUGUUAUGAUAAAUGUCUUCAAUGAAUUUUUAUCACAGAGGUUAUUUUUUCCAUCAACUUAACAACUCAAGCAUCCUUGAGAUUACUGUUGUAUUCUGUUAAAUAUUGCAGAUCAGGUUGUAUUGUACUUUUUACAUAACGUGAGGACCAGUUUAAACAUGGCAAAUAUACAUGGCCACACAUGGAGUGGCCAUGUAUAUGAAGAUGCUGUAUGACCCCUCAUUUAAGAAGGAUUUGUAUCUGGAAAGCUGGAUCAGGUGGACUGACUGUGUCAGCAUCAGACAGGCCUGAUAUUCUGAUCACGGCUGCUCUUCGUUUUCAUGCUGAUUGGAGUCUCUUUAAAAAUUCAUGCCUCCUCCACAGUCUGACUGUUGCUCUACCUCCCUGUCUUGUAGCUGGGCAGACACCACUGCUUCAUCACCCUGGUCUGUCACUAUGAUGACUUGUAUUUCCAAUGACUGUCCAUCAUGUCACAGUUGAAUCCAGGACAUCACAGCACCAUGUUUCUGAGUGUGGGAAAAUCUGUCUCUCAGAUCUCACUGGAGCUGUCACAGGGGGAGAAUCACAUGAGCACAAACACACAGCUGUGUUGUUAGCUGCUGCGGGAUGAUAUACUGACCGGUGACGACAUGACCAUAGAUCAGGAAAAAUACUGAAAAUAUUGUUACAGGAGAGCACCAUCUUUCUGUCCCUGUAUCUUUACUGCUGUCCCCUAGAUGGACUCAGACUGUGGACUCAGUGACAACAUGACGUCUGCCUUUCUGUUUAUUCAGAGCUGCAGCAGUGAAAGUUAAGGUUUUUGCUUUCACAGGGGCAUGUCUCCAUGACCUGGUUCCUUUAGACCAGCUUCCCUGGGGCUUUGACCUUUACACUUUUGUAAGUAGACUGGGCGGCAGUUAAGUUCUUGCAUUGCCUGUAGCAAAGCUGAACUUGUUGACAGUUUGUCAUCCUCUUUUAUUUUUUUGUUCUCACUGCAGGUUGAGCUCUUGUGCUUCCUAGACUGGAUAUAGAAUGGACGCCAUCUGCCUCCUCGCUGGGUGAAGCCACUGAGAGAACAGCACCCUCUGGUGACGGGUUGCAGUAUAGGUCAUAAACCUUGCCCCCUCCAGCAAUCCCUAUGGAGCUGUGAACAAACUUUAGAAAUUAAUUACAUAGUAUUUUAAAUUUUCUCCCCCUUGUUUAUGAUGUUGACAUGUAGUUAUUGUAAGACUGGUUUGUGCUCAAGUCUUCUUUUUUCUGUGCAGCUCCAUUUUUAAAAGUUAUUAGGGGGUUGAUGUUUUCUAUGAUUGACACUUGAUACAGCAUAUGGGCGUACUAAGAUUGCAUAGAUCAUUUGGGGGGUAUGCAGUUUGAGCAGAGCAUCAUCACAGCAACUCUUCCGCCAAAAACUACUGCACAAAUAUGCGUUUUAGGAACUAGAGAAAAGGAGCGAACAAACAAACUUUUAAUCAGAUUACCAAAUUAAGAGACACUCUGUAGCUCGGCAAGAGGCGCUCACACUAAAGUAUAACUUUGGUCCUCUGUCCUUAAGGACCUCUAGUCUCUGACACACACGGUUUUGCCAGCAGACUUAUCGAUGUACUUUGUACUUCUCUUUGGGGACAGAAACUAUCAGCAGAGUGAUGCUGAGGCUGUGCAGUUUAUACCUGCGGCUGGGGCUCAGAGGCAGAAUCGUCAUUCUCUCAAUCGGAAGGUCAGGGGUUUGAUCCUAGAGCUGUCCACAUACUGAAGUGUCCUUGGGUGAGACACUUGACCUCGCUGGCCAUGCCCAGUGGUGUAUGAAUAGAAUUAGUAAAAACUGAUGGACUCUGUACAUAUCAGCCUCUGCCAUCAGUGAGUGAAUGUGUUGUAAAUGGGUGAAUGUGAUGUGAUGUAAAACAGCUUUAAGUGGUCAGAGGACUAGAGAAAGAGAAAAAGAAACAGAGUUCAUUUAUUAUUUAACCAUUUACCUCUAGAAGACUUUCAUCAUGACAUAUUUCUGAAUGUUGAAACUUUUUUGUAGACAGCUGAAGUUGAACUUCCUGACUGAUGCUGAUGAUGAGGUGGGAGCAGAAACUGUUUUUACUCUGAAAAGCAGAAACAUCCAUCAGUUCAGUGUAAAUCUACUGUCCAUCCUGAGACUUCAGAGUGAAUCCAAAGCAGAACUGUCAGCAUGUCGUCAUUAUUCAUGUGUUUAUUCUGAGCUGGUUUGAAAAGAGUGCACAUGAACAGUGAUUUCUCUUUCACAUCUUUGUUACCUCACACACUUGUUGUGGGUUUGAUUGGGUUUACCUUCCCUGCUGUGGUAGUAAACUGUCAGCUCUGCUUCUAUCCCAUCAUCCGUUCAUUUUCUGUCUUUUUCUCCACACUCUGACCCAGGGUUAUGGUUUCUCUUUGAAAGAAUGAUGUUUUCUGGUUACUCGUGUUCCAGCUGCUGCCUUCCUGUUUGACUGGAAAAUGAACAGGAAGAGGAGAGUCCGGAUCAAAAUCUGAGUUAAAAAUGCAGCUCUCAGGGAAACAGUUAGACAACAGUGAGCAGCUGUACUCCUCGUUGUUCUUCGUGUCGAAAUUUUUGAUUCAGGUGUCUUUAAUCUGCACCACACCAACACUUAUCACAGACAAGUUUUAUCGCUCAGUGUUUGACACAGAAAAGGUCACUUAGUUAAGAAUUAAAGAAUAUGAUGAUUUAGAGCCUGAGUGUCCAAAGAAUAAAAAUUCUUUGAUUUAAUCAGGAUCCCCAUCUGAUAAAGAUUCAGAGACAGAUAUAGGUUGGUAAUGGUGAAUAACUAAUAAGCCAAUAUUGACUGUUGUGCAUUUUAGUUGUGAUUUUUCUGAGGAGCAUUUUGUAACUAGGCCUUUUUUGAGAAUAAUGUGUAUUUGUUUGUCUCUGAAGUAUGAGGAUAAAAACCAUCUAAAUUCCCCCCUCAGAGGUCUGUGGACAGCUCUUAUCUCUCCACUGUCAGCGCUGGUUUAGCUUUAAGAUAUGCUUAAAAAAUCCUCCCAGGCUUUGGUGAUAGUUGGCCUCAAUCUCUGUGGGCCAAGAAAAGCUCUGUGCCUUCCUGUUUCCCUCCCCCUGCUGCCUCCUCUGCUCCCCUCAGGAGGUGGAGGAGGAGGGUGCUGAGGAGCGCUGGAGCUCUGGGAAACACUCCUGGGUAGAAGAGGAAGGAAAUGAUGCAGGUUUAAUAUUUGCAGCUGGGAGCUUAAAGAAAGUCUGCCUACCUGACCCCGUUGUUUCCUGAAGUAGCCUCUACAUGAACAGAUGACAGAGCAGGGCCUCACUAAAGGAUGUUUUUUUCAAAGCAGACUCUGUUGUUGAGCCUACAGUGACAGAGUUUAACAGUGAGGAGAGAGAGAGAGCACAUUUAGGAGUAAUGACAGGUGUAUCUCACAGCUUUGAAAAAGGAAACACCUGAGGACCCUGGGACCUGGUUUAGGGGACCAAACAUUCUGGGCUGCUUGACCUCCUAAAUCCCUGCUCUAAUGUUUUCCUUUAAUCUUCAUUUGUAGAUACUUUGUUUUGUGUAAAAUUAUGUCAGACUUUUAACAACAAUGCACUCCUAUCAACCAGUCAAUCACUUCAUUUAAUACUGCCAGGAUCAUUACUAAAACUUUAACAUUUAAAGGGAUAUUCCGGCGUAAAUUUAAGAUAUGGUCAUACACACUGCAACACUGAGUUAGGCACCCCCUUAAGAGAUGAAUGUUACCAACUGCUUACUUCUCUAGCUGUAUCAACUUUAGUAAUGUUCUUCCUUGAGCUGCGAAACUCCCCUGCACACAGUGAUCAACUCGUCAGGGCUCCCCCACAAACAAGUGGCUGCUGGAGGAGAGUGGGUGAGUUGUGUUUGGUCUCUUUGCACAUGGAGAUGUAGACCGCUAAGUAUUGCUAUCGUGCGGUCGUUACUGAAGUUUGUGUAAAUGGAGAAGCAGACAGUUGGCAACAUGUAUCUCUGGAGGGGGUUUCUAACUCAGUGUUCUGGUGUGUUUGACCGUAACUCAAUUUUACAUCGGAGUUGGUUUAAGAGCUUUAAGAGUUGGUUUUCUUCAUACUGGUGCUGAAGUCUUUUAGCAGCACAGCCUUGCUGCUGUUUUUGGUCUCUCUUUAAAUGUCUGUGUGAUCGAUGCAUUAAGGUGUCAGUUUAGAGUCCUAUAGCACAAUGACAGAGACCAGGAGUCCCAAGGCUAAUAGGUAUGGGGACAGCAUUGAGAGGAAACAUGUCUGUAGCCUCAGUGACAUCACUCAGUGGUUUCUGAGGAGGACUUUUGAAGCCCAGCAGUCCCCAUGUUAGAACUGCUGGUUUUACCUAACUUUAUGUUGACCAUGCAAAAUGCAAAGAGGUGGAGUUAGGACGGGCAUGCACAUCUGUGAGUCCACUCAGCUGUGCCUCUAAUGAAGCCCACAUGACAUCCUUCAUGACUACAUCCACAUUCAGCCUGAGGACAGAGUGUUUAGACCGAAACUUUGUCCCAGACUGUAAACUUACAGAUUUCUGCUUUAAAAGUGGGUUUUUAUAGUGGAUCAUGUGUAUGUGCUGCCCAAGGCUCAGUGGACACUUGAACGGCAGCUUUGAACACUGGACUUCAUUUCUCAAGCCUGGUGGUCUCCACGAGAGGAAAAUUCAGGAUCUAGGGACAGAUUCUUGGAAAUGAUGUUGUCUUGAGUCAAGUGGAGUCAGUGGAAGGUGAGAAAAUGUGGGAUGAGUGCUGGAUUAGUUCCUGUUAACUCUGCUCUGAAGUCCUCCGACAUGUGUGUGAUUCAUUGUGUCUGCAUGUGUUGGUCUGUCUGAGUCGUAUUGGCCUUUUUCUCUCCCCUCUGAGAUUCGCCAAGCACAGACUCUUGACUCUUUCAAGUCUGCUCUGAAGCUACACUUGUUUAUCCAGGUUUUUGGUAUCUAGUUAUGUUUACUGUAGUGUGUUGUUUAGCGCUUUGGGUAUCUUGAAAGGCACUAUACAAAUGCAAGAUAUUAUUAUUAUUAUUUUGAGCAGUUUUUCAUGGAGCAGCAGGACUGGUCUCAGUGUCGGUCCUGUGUGCCAGCUGUCAGUCUUACUUUUGGUGUUUUAGUUUUAUAGCGGCUGAAAACUUUUCCUCUUGUGAGGCUAGUGCUGGACGAUAAUUCGAUAACAAUAUAUAUCGAUCGAUAGACGUGUGGUGCGAUAGAAAAAAAACGGGUCGAUAAAAAGUUCGAUGGAAAAACACAGUUUCCCUUUCUUUUUCAUCAUAGCCUAUCAUAGCUUUUACUAUAGUCAUUACUUCCUCCCAACCAAUCACAAACGCAGACCCAGGUACGCUACGGCACCAAGCCCAGCCCCUAUCAAACCACAACAGACAGCACGUGUAUUAGAAAUAAUGUUACAGCAAGGAGAAGCGGAGGAAAUUGCCCCGAAAAAAGGUUUCAGUAGUUCACCAGCAUGGCAAUGUUUUGGUUUUUAGAAGUCUGACAAAAAGCGAACAGCGGUCGUUUGCAAAAUUUGCAGAGAAUUUGUAAAAACCAAGUCUGGUAACACAACCAACUUGUUUUACCAUCUAAACCGAUCGAACCCGCAGGAGUACGAGCUGUGUCGGCCGCGCCGCGGCUCCACGUCAUCGUCGGAGGAAUCCUCCGGAACCGCUGCCAGCACCAGCACAAAGCAAGUGAAGCAGACCAAACUGGACUUCAUUUCUUGCCAAAAUACGACAAAGCGUCCGAGCGGCAUAAGGACAUCACCCAUGCAGUAACAUGCUCCAUAGCGAGGGACAUACUGCCAAUAACUACCGUUGAAAAGCCUGGCUUCGACCAGCUUCUAGCCACUCUCGACCCGCGAUAUGAAGUGCCCGGCCGCAAGUAUUUCUCAAACACAGCGCUUCAGGCAUGAAAAUGGGUCAGGGGUUGAAAAGGUGAGAAGGGUGCGGACACAGUUAAAACUGGUAGUAUGCUAUUCCCACCUAAAGCUAUUCUGUUUAUUUAUAUAUUUGUUUGUUUUGUUUAUUUUCAUCAAAAGACUAUUUAAAUAUUUAUUUAUCAGAUUUUCUGGUCACUUUAGUCUUUAUGUUUGUCAGUAUUUACUGACGUCACUCAGGCCACUUAAGUUGAUUUUUUUUUUUUUAGUUCCUUUUUAAAAAACUUUCAGUUGUGGUAAAAUAAAAAAAGUGGUUGAAUAAAGGUUUGAAUUUGAAUUCAGUGCUUGUGUGUUCUUUAUUAAAAGUAGGUCAUUAAGCAAAGGCAUAAAACAUCCAGGGCUGCAAUUAAAAUAUAUGUUAAAUAAUUAUAAUAAUUAUAUCGAUAAUUAUCGAUAUCGAUCAAUAUGAUUUAUUUUUUAUCGAUAUGCUUUUUUCUAUAUCGUCCAGGCCUACGUGAGGCCCUUUAGUGCUGAAGUCAGUGAUUUCUUUGCUUUGUUUGUUUUCUGGAAUUAAAUUUCUCUAUAUUUUGAUGACCUUUAAAUUUCUUAAUCCACGUCUCUGCACCAAGAGACGCAGACACACAUUUUCUACUGAAAUCUGAGGGACAUGUUUUCUUGUUUCUGUCUCCAGGCGGGUCAACGGCUGAUGAAAAUGAUCUUUUCCUAAGUAUUCCUGCUCUUAAGCUGCAACUCCCCCAACCCCCCUCAUCUUCUUCACUGUCCUCACCCGUACCACUGCCGCUGACAUGAACCACACCCCAAGCCCCCAUCUGUCCGAAGGUGGGAAGUCAGCUGGAGGAGGCCUGCUGUGCAGCCUUGGUCUGGCGACCGACAGGGGGAUUCGCUCACCAGACAGCCUAACCCACACCCCCAGCCCUACUGGAGGAACCCCCAGCUCCAGCCCCCCGCUGCUGUUGUCACCCGGUUUAGGGGGCCUCGGACUAGGGUCUCUGGGAGCCAUGUGUGAGGGAGCCGGGGCCGACUGGGAGAGCAGAGAGGAGCUGAGGCUCAGGGAGCUGGAGGAGGCUCGGGCCCGAGCGGCUCAGAUGGAGAAAACCAUGAGGUGGUGGUCAGACUGCACCGCCAACUGGAGAGAGAAGUGGAGCAAGGUGAGCUUCAAUGGAUUUGGGUGUAUUAAAAAACAACAACAACAAAAAAAAAACAUCCAAACACACCUUAAGAGUCCACACACUUGGACUGAACAUGAACAAAGACAGACGUCUGUCAUUUCAUGUAGACGUGUUUUUCUUUUGUUUCUCGAGCAACACCAAUAAUUCUGCUCUUUUUUAAAAAUCUGUCAUAUCCAGGUUCGAGCAGAGCGAAAUCGUGCACGUGAUGAGGUGCGUCAGCUGAGGCAGCGGCUUGAUACCCUCACCAAAGAACUGACCAGUGUUCGACGGGAACGGCAGGAACUGGUCUCAGAGAACGAGACACUUCGACAGGAGACGCUGCACCUCCGCGGUGACGCCGCUCCUCCUCUGCCUGUUGCUUCUCCAUCAUCCUCGCCCGCACAUCCUUCUUCCACCUCCUCUCCAUCCAUCCCUCCAUCCUCCCCUGCUUCCUCCUCCUCCUCUCAGGUCCAGGCUGAUGGCAAACUGGACAGAAUGGGAGAGGCACCACCAGGGUCUCCAGAGCCAGAACCAGUUAGGGACGUGGACCUGGACAGACAAAAGAUUACUCAACCAAAGGUGAGUCUACAGUACUAACUCUAACUUUGACCUCGAUUUUAGAAGAAUCUGGAGAGACUAGAUUGUUUUUUUCUGCAACAGUCUGGCUGUUGUGAUACCACUGUCACAGGUGAAGAGAGGCUGUGGGAAAGGGUGCUAAACCGGGGAGAGGGGAGAGUGAAAGGUUUAAACCCUCCACAUGUUUGUCUUACCCUCCCUUUUCUUCACUGAUGAGGUUUUUACUCCAGCUGAUUUAGCUCUCUUAGUUUGUAUUUAAAGCUGCUUCAGUAGUCCAAAAUCAUAAAUCUCUGCCAUAUCAUCAGGAAAGGCAAAACAAAGGUUUAUAGGAUGAAAGCAGAUAAGUUCCCUGUUAAUUCUUGUAAUGUCAUGAAGUUAAAGUAAAAGUCAGAAACCUAAAAUCAAAGAAUAAUUCAGUAGUUUUUUUUAAAGAGUUAAUAUUACCAAGUUACCAUUGCUCCAUAAAAAAAAACAAAAAAAAAACAGGUAGGGUGACCAUAUUCAGAAUCCCCAAAAAGAGGGCACUACUGCGCGGGGUGGAGUCACGGAGUCCUACUUAGUUAAUUUUGAGAGUUUUUCCGGUCAGGUCGAGUGUUUUUUUUUUACACGCCUCUAACUCAGUAAGUCUAUGCGGCACAAACUCAAAACUUCCAUACAAAACCCUGGAUAUUUGAAGGAUUUUAUAAACUCUCCUGGACAAGGUCAGACAGCCCCCCCAAAAAAGAGGACAUGUCCGGGUAAAAGAGGACGUAUGGUCACCCUAAAACAGGUGUUUUGUGAAUUACUAAACCAGCAGCAGAAUGUGACCUUCUUUAUAUAUUAAACUUUCCAACAUCAUCAUUGUUUUGUUUUGUGUUGUCUUUUUAACCAUGGACUGAGUCUAGGAAGUGAAUUUCAGAUACUGAAACCAAAAAUAAAGAUUCCAGUGGUCAGAGACCAGGUGAAAGGUGGAAUCAUGUUAGGAAAGGUUUUCAUACACUUCAUUGCAGUCAUCUACCUGUGUGACAGACCGCAGAUUAAAACACUUCAACUUGUGGAGUCAAGAAGCUUUAUGUACUUCUUACAAAGUGCAAACUGUUUAUUCCAUUGUGUUAAUUCAGACAGAGAAUUUCCUCUAAUUGUCUUAGUUAAGAUGUAAUGUUUACAUGCGGUCAAUACAACUGUCCAAAAGUUUGAAUUGUUUUCCAGUAUUAUAGUCCACACAGUGUCAGUUAUUUCUACUAAUGCAAGAGAUCUGACAGCCAGACUAGAGUGGAUCACGUUAUUAGGGCCUGAUCAGUACAGCAUGUGGUGACUAACAGGAGCAGUUUUCCUACAGAAGAAGAUCAAAUUAAAGCGUUGAGACAAACUGUUCAAUACUUCUCAUUUUUAAAUUUACACGUCAGGUUGUUAUUGCUGCUGCAGCAGGAUAAUGGAGCUCACUGUCUCUCUUUGCAGGCCUGCUCCUCACUUUUAAUUGCUCCUCCAGUGAUGUCGUCCUGAUAGAUGGGACAGUCUCUCUGACACCGGUGUGCUUGUGUUCUCAGCUGGUUAAUGGACAGAGUGACCUGAGCCUCAGUGAAUCUAGGCCAGACUGGCUGCUGUUCUGUCCUGUGCGUGUGUGUUUGGGGGUUGUCCUAUUUUAGAUGUACUUGCAGUGUGCGUCCCCAGUUACACACACACACAGAGUCCCCACUUGCUUCUUGUCCCUGAAGGCUUUCCAAUGCCGCAGUACUUCUUCUCUGUCAGGGGGGUCCUAUACAGACCAUCAUAGACCUUCUUCUGACCGUAUAAAGAGAGAGGGUGUUUAUUAUAGUAAAGUCAUGGGAUGUAAACCAUAUCUGCCUCUGCAAAGAGGACACACUUGAGGCAGCAGCAGUUGUCUGCAUGUUGAUGUAAAAAAUGAAAGUUUCCUUGAAAGUGGAGAAAUGAGACUGAAGUGUGUGUCAGGAGCUCUGUAGUGUAUUUGGGGCACCAGUCCCCCAAAGUGGUUUUUGUCCUAUUAUGUCCUCUAACAGGCGAGGGUGGGUGCUGCCCCCCUGCUCAGGUCUGUAUCAUUUCAUUUUUUAUGUGCCACUGUCAAGGACCUUAUUUCCACAGGGGCUCAUAGGGUCAACACAUCCAUAUCACUCUCCCUGUUUCAAUCUCCGUUUUUCCUCUAAACACAACUCAACCAUCCUUCACUCACAGUCAGAGACUUAUAGAGGACUUAAACUCAGUCCUCACAGGGUCACCCUAACAGAAGACUGUCAAAUGAUAUGGGACAGAUGUGACUCUGAACACACACACUUUAAUCCAUCAAAGAGGCUCAGCAGUUAUCUCGUCAUUGAUAAAAGCCUUUACCUCACUAUGAAAAAGAGGACGUUUUCCAUACCACAGCACUUUGAUCAACCCCUAUUUUCUCCUUCUACUACUUGAUUACUCGAGUCAAAGUAUGAAUCCUCCUGGUCCAGUACUACUCCAGUUAAGAUGCUCAGGCAGUUAUUACCUGAGUUACAGUACUGUAGUACUUGCUUUUUAAGAAUACUUAAGUUGUAUAUCUUUAUGUUGUUGUGUUUUCCCUUUGCAGUAGGGAUGGGCGAUAUGGGCUAAAAAAAUUAUCACGAUAAGAUUUGCCAUUCUGGCGAUUACAAUGAAAGUCCUGAUAAAAGAUAUUAUAAUUCCAGUAUAUACUUUUGCUUAUGUCAUCAACUUGCUUUUAUCAUAUUAAUUAUGAGAUGGCAAAUAUUUAUCAUGGAGGAUUUUUCUGACCAUAUAUUGUGAACGAUAAUUUAUCACCCAUCCCUAGAGUGCAAUCAAAAAAACAUUUUACAUCACAUUAACAAACAUUUAGUUUGCUGCUCUGAAACAAUGGGAACAAGAGAAAACAUCAACCUAAGCACCUCUUGCUUCUUCCACUUCUCUGCUACAGUGUCAGUACCUGAUAUAUCCUAAAUUACAGACAGAGAAAAGGGAAUGAAAACAGAAACUACAGUGACAGACCUAAAAUGGUUAUAAUGUUCACUUAGGAUCAAACUAAUGUUAAACUACAUACCUUGACAUGCUCACUCAGGUUGGAUGGUACAUUCAUAUAUAAAUAUUAAUCAGCUAAAGAAACCUCAGCAGCUUUCUAUAGAGCAAAAGAAACAGGUAACAUGAACAUUCAGAGAAAUGUAGUGAAGAUGAAAGUGUGACUUUUGUCUUUCCAAUGUAGUCAAAGUAAUAAGUUUCACCCAUAAAAAUAAUCUUGAAGUGAAAAAAGAAACUCAGAAACUUCAGUAAUCAAUCAAUCAAUGAAGUGACUUUCCAACUGACCAACACUGAUGAGUUGAAGUCAGAGCAGCAGUGAAGAGAGAUCCCUGUCGUGGUAUAUCACACUCCACCUCCAGCCAGCUCAGUCUGUGUUGCCAUAGUUACACAUUUUGAUUCACUUAUACACACACACACACACACACACACACACACACACACACACACACACACACACUUGAGUGUGCUCUGAGUACAGUAAUCAGAUCGAACCUUGAUAACAUGUGUGUCAGUGGGCGUAGUGGUUCUGGUCUUGGAGUUGUGGUGACCUGGUGCUCAAACACAGCAGAGCCUCAUUUCCUGUCUCUCUUCAUUGUUCUGGUUCUCACACACACUGAGUGCUUCCACAUGUCCCACAGGCCGGUCUUUGGAACUGUCAUCUGUGACACACCGUGGCCCCCUGUUGGGCAUGACCUGUAAUGACAGCAGCGCCCUUUUCCCCUGGACAUAGUUCAACACAGCAGGAUGACAGUUCACGGUCAGGCAUCAUGAGGCUUUAAGGAGGGAGUGCCACAUCCAGUUCAUCAGGCAGUUGUUUUUGUGAAACCACAGUGUCUGUUUGAGUUCGAAGAACAACACUGUUUGUAGGUUAACUUUAACACAUGUUCAAAUAAGUGUAAGAAAAAGCUUGUAAAAUGAAUUCACAUAGACGUGAUGUUGUUCCUAACCUCAGAGGACUACUUAAAAGCUCACAUCAUUAACCUUUAAUUGAUGAGUUUUCUUUAGUAAUUUUAGUUAACACACCCAGAACAUGACGAUGAUGAUGAUGAUGAUGACUGCAGCAGCUUUUGGAUUUGAGUUCUUGUCAUCCAUUUUUCAUCUAAAGGAAAACAAGUUCUGUUGUUGUCUCUUAUUGUGCUUUUGGUUGGCAAUGAAAACUGAUACAAAAAUGGGUUUUCAGCUUUUUUUUAUCUUUGGUUUUACUAUGAAAAAUGAAUGAGAAAUUGAUUCACAAAUUCUCCAAACAAACUCUGUUCAUUCAAACUAUUUCAUGCGGUCCAACAUAUUGUCAUGGUUAAAGAGAUUUUCCUCUCAGUCACAGAAUAAGAUAUUUACACAAUGAGCUCACAAAGACUCUGUAAUGAUUAUCUUAAAGCACCACACAGUGUGACGGUGGCCAUGGGAGACAGACCUCCCAUAUUACAGCUGGCAGAGGCUUUCAAUGAUAGUGUGGGGAAAACAUUUGGCUUUCACUGAUGCAGUGCCAAAGCAGACAGAUUUACCACACUGAGAAGAGGAAAAGCUCAAUUUUCUCAAUUUAUUUCUGUUCAGGCCAUUAAAUUUAAUGAGGAGUAACAAUCUCUGGUCACAAAGAUCUACCUGAUCGUUUCAGGGCUCUGCUGUGACAGCGUGUUGGCAGAAAGCUGAGCUCUGUAUGAAAGAAUUUGGUUUGUAGCCUUGAGAGGAGUAGCAGGCGGAGGGCAAGACAGUGAGGACAGAGAGAGAGAGGAAAGAGAGAGGGAUGCCAACGAAGCCAAGGAGGAAUCCUCUCCAACCGUUUAGCUCCGUAUGAGUUCAUAAAACACAUGUAGUCUGUGGUCUGGAUUGGGAUCAAAGCUUCUGUGGAUGACUGAAAACUAAAAGAAGUCUUUAUCCCCGCUUACUUAAGUUUGUGAAUGUUAGAAGAGUAAACUAUUCCAAAGUCAUGAAGUCAAUUUCUGCCUGUGACCACCCUGAAGAGUGAAACUGUACCCACAGAGUCUCCUGUCGUCCCUCACUCUACAGAACCACAGGUACAGGGCAUAUAUAUCUGGAUCAAACCAAAGUAACUCUCUUUCAUUCUCUGGACUUCCUGCAAUUAACCAUUUUGACUAUAAAAAAAUAACCAUUCUCCAGGAGCAUGUGUGUAUAUAAGAGGUCGUAGACACAGUUCCUCUUUUAUCUAGAACUAGGGCUGGGCGAUAAAACGAUAAGGAUAUUUAUCGAAAACUAAUUUCCCUCAUCAUCGAUUUGAAGCAUGGUCAAUAUGCUUUUCAAUAGUCGGCAUUCUGCCAUGUUUUGGUAGACUAUACGAAUAGCCAAUGAAAAGUGGAGUUGCUCCUGGGUCCGUUUUGCGCUGAACCAAUCAUGUGCUGAAUUAGAACCAAGUAGCAAACAACUGCUUAGUAGCAGGCUGCAGCUACACGCAACCAUAGCACUGUAACACAUAGAGCUGACAGCACUGUCUGUGAGAAAAAAGAAAAUGAGUGCUACCCCCGACAGAAAUGAUGAUGAAAGCUCAACAGAUGAUGACAUCGUUGACAACACUGGCACGAAAACGUUGGUGGUGUGGAGGUAUUUUGUUGUUUUUUAUUCCAGUCGGACAUGAAGCAGAGUAAAGUGCACUGCAAAUUAUGUCGAGUACAUGUACUCGCAAAGUUGAGGAAUACCUUUAAUCUUUUUCACCACCUUAAGCAGUGCCACGCGGCAGAGCACACACAAUGCAAAAGGUUACAAACCCCGAGUGGAGCAAGGAGCUCAUGGCGCCUGUGCAGCUGAAACAGCCGACCACUCAGUCUGCUUUCUCUAACCUCACAGAUGCAGUAGCUUAUUGUAUUGCAAAAGACAUGCUACCAAUAAGCACUGUUAAAUUUUAUUUAAGAGUAACAGGGAACCUUUCAGCUUGACAAGUGAUUUUUUAUAUAUUGUGAUGUAGAUCGAUAUCAACUGAUAUGAAAAAAAUAUAUCAUGACAAACUUUUUCCUAUAUCGCCCAGCCCUAUCUAGAACCUAUUAACAGCUUUUCCAACCAGUUUCUCUUUGUGACAGUUUGUUGUUGUCUCGACAGAGCUUUAAUCAGAAACACUCUGGUGUAAAUGUCCCUUUAAUCCACUCACAUGUAUCCCCCCCCUCUGUCUGUGAUAGGACCUGGAGGCCAUAGAGACCGUCCUACAUUCCAGGACCCCUGAAGGAGACCCUCAGGAGGCCUGGGAAAACCGUGGUGGUGUGAACCUGCCCAGCUCACGUUCAUCCUCUGCUCUGAGCCGGCAGGAACGCAGCAGACAGCUGUGGGAGGACUUCAGCACAGUAGAAGAAGAUUCCAGCAGACUCAACGCUCUACAGCUCCGCCUGGACGAGUCCCAGAAAGUCCUCCUGAAAGAGAGAGAGUAAGAGAGACAGAAAUGCACUCCACCGUACAAGCUGUGGCAUGAGUUAGGUAGGAGGGGUUUUAUGGUGAUGUACAAAACACUUCAAUUGAAGCAGAGCGAGGAAAUGAAAUUUCUAGACCUCAGGCAUCAUCCCACGACGCUCUUCCAGAUCUGUACCAGUGACAUAUAUAUAUAUAUCAAGGCUACAGAAGCAGAAGAAAAUCAAAUUUAAAUACAAGACAGAGCAAAUCCAGUCUGUGAGCAGAGGAAACAGAAGAAUAGAUCAUGAAAUAAUGCAGAAUUGGACGUAAAGUGAAAUAUCACAGACAGGUUGUGCCUGUGUCAAAAUAUAAUGUGAACAAAACGAGGAUAUAGUGUAAAGAGCCAACCAUAAAUCAGCCGAUGGAGCAGCAGUUACUACACCAGGAAGUUGGUCCAUCAGGAUUUAUGUGUUAUUUAUAGAGGCUCUGGUAUGUGGUUCAAAGAGGUCAUCAGACCUCCACUGAAGGACUCCACAAUUACUUGAGACUUGAGUGACCUUCACCCCACAGCAGAGACAGACUGAUGAGAAAACUGUGGCUGUAGGGAAAGGAAGGAGAUAGCUAGUUAACAAGGUCAAUAAAUUCAGACCUGCGUCAUCCUCUGGCUCUGCUGUGUCCUCUUUGUGCCCUUUUGGAGGGAGGCCAAUAUUACUGCUGAUUUUCCUCCUCCAACGCUGUAGAUACUUGAAAGGUCACAUUAAUAUUUGAUUAUUUUUCGGUAAAAACAGACAAGUAAGCAUCAUGCCACAUACUCAGAAUUCCCUCUACCACGAGGGCUUAGAUUCAGAACUCUGGAACAAUCUGGCCCACUCUACGUACCGACUUCAACUUUCAGCCAUGAGUGAAAUGUAGACCCAGACAAAUAUGCAGGUCUUUAAUCAGAGGGGAUGAUGGUUUUAAAUCAGUUUUAAAGGAACAGUUUUUGGAAAUGGAAAAAGUAAGUGAUUUUCGGUGAUAUAUGCUCCCCUGCUCACCUUCUCAUCGAUAAAAUAUCAGGACUCGCAUGAAAGUUGAAACGCUCAACAAAAAAAUAAAAAAUUCAGCAGACCACUGGAUGUUGACUAACUUGGAUGGUCUUCAAUCUUCCGUUCUCCAGUGGGUUGGGAGAAUCUCAAAUGAUGAAAACAAAGGGGGUGUUCUGAGAAAGACUGUUACCUGUGAACCGGGGGUGUUCUGAAAACACCCCCAUUAGCACUUGGUACGUUCCUCCUGAUGAAAUUAAACACAAACUGUAAAUUGACACAGAAAAAAAUCGAGUCGACCAAUCAGAACUUUGGUCGACUUAGCAAGUAUCGACCAAUAAGUCGACUUGUUGACUAGGACAGCCCUGGUGGCCACCAAGGAGAAGACGCUCUCAUGAUGAAUAUCUUCUUACUUACGCAAAGCUAUAAACAUUUAUGAGCCGUUAUUUUGUAUAGAAACAAGCUUAGUGGUGGGGGCUUACAGUCCUGUGAAGUGAUGUAAGAAUGUGGAAAUGUGAAGAUUAUAACAUCUAUCUGAGAGUCUUUAGCUCCCUGAAUCUAAACCUAACUAGGUUACUGAAACAGUGUGAUCAAGUGCUGAAAUGUUGUCCUUUCAUUGUGUUUUCUCCAGAGACAAGCUGGCUCUGAGUAAGAGCAUCGAGAGACUGGAGGCUGAACUCAGUCAGUGGAAGUUUAAAUAUGAGGAGCUCAACAAGAGUAAACAGGAAGCCCUCAAACAGGUGAGAUAUGACAUCCAUGAAGUCAAUAUUUUGGAGUGCUGUUUAAAACAUCCAGCAUGCAUCUAAGAUAAAAGGGUGAGGAAGGAAAAGAAAGACUCCUUCUGGUCCAGUUCUGUGGCUGUUGAGGUUAGUUUCAUUCAUGGUGGAGACACAAGUUCACAUGAGGGGUGUUAAAUACUAUCUGACCAGACUUACUUUCAAGACCUGUGUGUGUGUUCCUGGGUGACAUAAAUCAGGCUUAAAGGUGAUGAUGAUGUAAUGAUGACAUGAAGACAGGAUGAGUGAAGUGAAAAUGAAAUUACUGUAAUGCUUUCAGAGAUCUAAAAUGUAUUCCAAAUGCUAUAAUAAUAAUGUUUUAACAAAGUUGUAUGGAAAGGAACAUGCAGAGGCACAUUUAAAUUGUCUACUUCCACAAAAAUCUUCCUUCAAAACAACUGCAGGAACUUCCACCUCUGACCACAACAUCUGUCUCUGCCUUUAGUUAGAGGCCACAUGUUACCAAUGCUGAAGACACAUGCUUUUCAUUCAUCAGCAGGGUGUCCUGAUUUGGGUCUGUCACCUGGUCUUUAUUGGACUCAGGGAUAUGAAACAUCUUUCUUAAGUAAUAAUAAUGUCAACCUGAACUGUGUCUGGACCUGGAAGCAGAUACUGUGUAGAGUUAAAUGCACAUUUAAGUACUUCGACCACGUGGAUUCAAACUAUAGUUACUAUAGUAUUAAAUCUUGAGGACCCGCAGAGUUGACGUCACUCUUCUGAACAUAUUUUUCAGCUUACCCAUCACAGCAGAGAUCCCUCAGGUUUGUACAGUCCACAGCAGGAUGAUGGACUCUACCACUGAGCCACAGCUGUCCUUUAAGAUAACAGAAGUGCAGAGACUGCUAUCUUUAUUUUGUUCUACUGACCAAUCAGAAGCUUUACCUAUAAUCACCUGACCUGUCCAAGUCCAAUCAGAAGCCAGACUUUCUUGUCUAGGGCAGUUAGUAUUGACACUGUGUAUGUUUACAUGUACAGUGAAGUCGAGCUCCUGUUUGGAGAUUUGGAGAUUUCACCGGACCACUGUCCCCGCUCUUCUCUUUGGAGUGAUAAUCUCCUUCAAAUGAAUGUCAGGAUUAGACCAUCAUAUUAUCUCUAUGCACUGUUAACAUUGAGUGUAUUUUAGUUUUCAUGGUCCAUAAAGGGAAGAACCUGUCUCAUGUUUUGGCAGUGUUACGCCACAGGGGGGCAGUCCAGGUCUGCAGAGAGGAGGGACUGGGUUCAUAUAAUGAGCCAAUGAGCACAGCUCUCAUGGAGGAGCUCAAUGGAUGACCAAUUCGGAUAGAUACAUCAUAGAGAGGAGUAGAAAGAGGGAUAGGUCAGAAGAUACAAGAUCUGUGCAGAUAGUGAUGAUGUGUGUUUUGAAGAUAAGGAGGAAGAAGAAAUAAAGAUGGCAGCAGGGAUGGGUGAGGUGGAUCAGAUAAGAUUAUGGAGGGAUGAAAAAAGAUGACAGAGCUUUUCUACAUGAUUUUGGUUCCACAUACUUCAACAUCACAGAAGCGUUUGACUGCACAAAGGGACAAUUUUUAAAAUGAAGAGGGGCAAAAACUCCCUUUAACAAAAAUAAUGAGCAGUGACAAAAGUUUGAAUGAUGUGUAAUUCAUGAGCAGACACUGAAGUGGUUCCACUGCUUCAGAUUGAAAUCAGUCAGAAUAUAAACUGUGGUCCAGAAGGAUAUAGGAGUGAUUAUUUGUGUUUGUGCAAAUGAAUUUUAAAAAGCUAAAAACAUACUUUAGUUUUUGAAUAACAGUCAUACUAUAUGAACACUAAAGAGCAGGAUAUCACCCUCACCCACUUCACCUUUUGUCCGGUUUCUCUCACCCUAACACCUUCCAGCUGAACCUGCUGAAGGAAAUUCACCAGGAUGAACUUGGUCGCAUAUCUGAAGACUUGGAGGAUGAACUGGGAGCCCGGACCAGUAUGGACAAGAAACUAGCAGAGCUGCGAGCAGAGGUAAGGAGAGGUUAGGCGGGUGGAUCACUUUAAAGCAGCAGCAGGGAGGAGGAGGAAGAGGAGGAGCAGGAGUGUGAGGUAAAGGAGAGAAGGAUGGACAAAAGUCAGCCCAUCAGGUUCUUUGCUGCAUUGUCGUGUUUCAAAGAGGAUUAGGGCCACAAGAAGAGGAAUGAAUAAUUACAGGAGAAGGAUUUUUUUUAAUUUCCAUUUCGAGAUUAAAGUUGAAAUUUUAAAAAGUUGAAAUUUCAACUUUUUUCAUGUCGACUUUGAUCUCGAAAUUUUAAUUUUUCUAAUCAUCUCAAAAUUUCAACAUUACUCACAUCAUUUCAACAUCUUGUGAUCUUGAAAUUUCGACUUUAUUCUUGAACUUUCGACUUUAUUCUUGAACUUUCGACUUUAAUCUCGAAAUUUUGCCCUUAAUCUCCUUCCUGUAAUUAUUUUUUCUCUCUUCAUGUGGCGCUAAUCCUCUUUUGUAGAUUUGAGAGUCAGUUUGAUCCAUUAUUGAUACUUUAGAAAAAAUCAUUACACACUCUCCCACCUUCUUCAGUUUAACACUCAAAAAUCCAGAUUACACUGCCACCUUGUGGUUGCCUCAGGAUCAUUCAGUUAUCUGUCGUACAGUAUUUCCAAAUGUCAGGAACAGGUAUUAGCUUUGCUGAAAUCACUGAUGAGAGGACCUGUGUGGUCACAUCAUCAGUCCACUAAAGGUACUUUCAGUGUUUUCCCUUCAUUAACCAUCAUGUUGUCUGUGUCUCUGUCAGAUGGAGAGGCUGCAGGUGGAGAACGCUGCAGAGUGGGGGCGCAGGGAGCGUUUGGAAACAGAAAAACUGGCCCUGGAGCGAGACAACAAGAAGCUGAGGGCUCAGGCUGAGGACCUGGAGGAGCAACUGGCCAAAAAACGUCGGCAGGCGGCCUCCGCACUUGACACAGACCUCAAGGCGAUCCAGACAGAGCUGUUUGAGAGGAACAAGGUGAGCUGAACAACCGUUUACAAAGUCCAUAGAAGGUGUGGUACAUUUAAGACGUCCACUUCUUUAGUGGUCAGUCCUUUAUUUAGGUUUAAAAACUACAGUGUUAAAGAAAAAGAAACAAAAACUGCAGCUUUUCUUUAUGAGCGUGUUUGAAAACAGCAGAGGGAGAGAUUUAUUGUUUUUGUGUACCGUGUUGAAGCUACAGUAUUGAUCCAGACACACAAACACACACAGAAACACACUCAUAAGGUGAUUGAUAGUUGAAUCAUCAUUGGGCUCUGUUUCUCACUUUACUCCUCCAGGCUGUGUGUGUGUGUGUGUGUGUAAGGGGGACUUUUAAAAUCUUAUUAGAAGAUCUCUGCGUCCUUCUUGUCAAACACACUCAGUAUUUAUGGUGUUUUACUGUUUUGGGGCCUCAGGACUGCUCCAUAAUUAAACUAAUGUUGUUGUUUUUUUAAAUGUAUGUGUUUUGAAUAUUUAAAAGGCACAAAAAAAGGCAAACUUAACAUUCAGCUCACAAACACACUCAAAACAGCUGACGAGAGCUCAGUAUCUACAGACCAAACACAUUUGUACAUUAACAGUGGUGAAAAGCUUAAAUACACAUCUCUCAGGUCUACAACAUUAAUGUGGGUCCUGACCAUAGACUGUAUACAGAAUGGAUGCCAUCUGCCUCCUCACUGGGUGAAGCCACCACAAGAACAGCACCCUCUGGUGACAGGCUGCAGUAUAGGUCUUACAUCCCGCCUCCUCCAGCAAUCCCUAUGAAGCUGUAGACAAACUUUAGAAAUGUAUUACACAGAAUAUAAAAAUUUUUCCCCCCUGGUUUUGAUGUUGACAUGUAGUUACUGUAAGACUGGUUUGUGCUCAAGUCCUCUUUUUUCUGUGCAGCUGAAUUUUUAAAAGUUAUUAGGGGAUUCAUGUUUUCUAUGAUUGACACCUGAUACAUCCUAUGGGCGUAUGAAGUUUACGUAGCUCACCCGGGGGAUACACUGUUUGAGCCGAGUGUCAUUACAGCGACUCUUCCGCUGAAUGCGUACAAUGCUACUGCGAAAGUGGUGGUUCUAGGAAGUGGAGAAAAUCCAGGAAAUGCAGAGAGCAAUUUGGCCUCAAAUUCGUAUAAUGACGGAAGGUGGAACCAAGUCAUCCAUAGUAUAUACAGUCUUUGGUCCUGUCUGAUAUCAGGCGUUGAAUUACUUGUUGUCACACUCUUCCAAGCAUCAUCUGAAACCCUAAUGUUAAGCUCUCUUUCCCAUGUUUCUUUUAAAUGACCCGUGUUGUUUUUUCACAUCCUUUCCAACAUGUGAAAUUCGGGAUGCAUCAUUUGACGAAGGUGGGAAGUCAGCUACCAUUUAAGGGUCCUGAACUUUGUUUCAGCUCUUUUUUCCCCUCAUGGUUAACAGGUGGAGUCUGGACAAAUAUUGUAAUCAUGACAGUUGCAAACAAGCCCAGAGCUGUAAAGAUCAGAUGAAAAUAAAUAACAUCUGAAUGGUUAGAGUGAAACCAAAAUGACCUUUCUUAACAUCCAUCAGUGUUUUUUUAAUGAAGCUCUGAAAGAAACAAACAAAUGAAACUUAUGAGCAAACUUUGAGAUCUGAUUUUUGGUGGGUUAUAGUGGUUGAAAGUACUGCAGACAUAUUUCAUGCUGAACGUUUGUACUUGAUGGAGAUAAGUAGCAGUAACAGGUGAAGGUUUUACAUCUGUAACAGCUGUUUUGAUGUCUAACUCUUGUUGUUUUGGGAAAAUCAGGGUUAGCUGCUCUGACAUGAUGUCACCAUAAGGAUCUCUCCUCAAACAGGGAUGUGCAAUCUUCUGUGUGUGUGUGUUGUGUGUGUGUGUGUGUGUGUGUGUGUGUGUGUGUGUGUGUGUGUGUGUGUGUGUGUGUGUGUGUGUGUGUGUUUAAAUGUGUUUGUGAUUAUCUCUUUAAAUGGUCCUAUUAGCAACCACUCAGGAGAGAAAGCCAGAACAGCAAGCAUCCUGACAGAAAACCUGUGUAAGUGUUGGUCCAUAUAAGAGGCCUCUAUUAACAGCCGUCCCUCAGGGUUAUUUAUGAAGCUCUCAGGUUUAUUUAAUGCUACGGUUAGCAGGAGGUACACACACUCUCAUUCUCAUAACUCCUCAGAGGAGGGAGGAUGAGUGAGAUGAAGAAAGUAAAAAGUUUAAGAAAGCGUUAGGAUGUCAAAGGUCAAAGUAGAAUGAACAGAAACAGGAAGUGGUGCUCUCUUUUUCUCACUCUGAUAAACUCUCAUCCAACAUUUUCAAAUUAAACGUUACAUACGGAUACAUUUCUGUCUAUAUUUCUGAACGUAUCCUUGAAGUUCACGGAUACGGGCCAGAUGAAGCAGUACCACUGGAAACCAUGGGGGCAGUGUUGCUGCUGUCACUACCCAAUACAAAUCUCUAUAGAGAAAAGAAGAAGACAAUGGCGGGGCUUUUUGAGGAAAGGUUGUGUGAAAACUAAAUAAAAGAAUUCUCUGUCCUCCAACCACAUGAUAUUUUGCGUCCUUUCCGACCACCGCCUCCUCCAACGCUGCCAUGUUUCUUUUUGUUUGUCAUUGUCAGAAACGUUUGACUCCAGCCUGCUCCCUGGUGGAUGUUAUGGUUAACAUCUAUGCCAACGUAAAGGACGCAUGGAAGUAUGCAGGCAGUGGCGGAACCAUCGUUUGAAACUGACGCGUAUGUUUUCAUAUGUAUGGCGAGCAUAAAUAAGCCUUAAUAAGGUCUUUGUCUGCCUGAUGCCACCAUCCAAAGUGAAUUCCGCUUUUUCUAUCCUUUUCACAUAUCGGUAAAGCGUUAACCAAGAAUCCAUGUUCUCAGACAGAUUUAGCUGUGAUCCUGUAACGCAUGUGUCAAAGCCAGGGUAUCUCAGUGUGGAGAUCCUGCUUCAGCUGGAGUUCAUCCUACCUUUGGUAUCAGCUGACCUUCUAUUCUUUAUUUUUGCACACAUUUAUUGGCUGAUAAUAUUAAACACUUCUAUGGGCUACCAGAGACUUACUGGUAUGCACUUUGGACUACAAGUUAUCUACCAGUCUAAUUUGGCUGAUGGGGAUCUUUACAGGUUUUGAGGAGCUCAAUAAAGGAUGUAAUGACCCCACAAAAUGCUGUAACACCAGGGUUUUAAACUAGUUUUCGACCGUGAUCUUCUCUGUUACACUGGCUUACAGUGCCUGUAGCAGACUGUUCAUCCAGCCUGCUAGGAUGAGGGAGCAGUACUGGGAAAAUGAAGAUACUGGUGUCAGCAGGAGAAUGUCAGGCAGGUGUCAGGGACAAUCACAGUCAGCAUCAGUAAUAAAAGCUUCGUCAUGUUGUCUGAUAUAGACAAAGUCAUUGUCUUGAUCUGUGUGCUGCUCCGUUGUUCAUCUUUGUUUUAUUUUAGAUUUUCUGGAACUUUAUUUAGGACAAUGUCGUCAUCCUUUUCUCUUAUCAUUACCUUUACUUUAGUUGCUUUUUUCUCUGCUGAUUUGUUCUGGUCGGAGAAAUGCCCGCAAGACCUCCUCCAUCCAGCCGCUCUUGGGCAGCCCUGAUUAUAAGCCUAAAUUUGCCUUCCCCUGUGUGUGAGUGUGUACGAGUGUGCGUCAUUGUAUACAUGGGAGAGAGAAAUGUUCAGUCCAAAUUAAUGCUAAAUUCAGUGCAGCAGAGGGGGAAGGGAAGAUUUCAGUGAUUCUUCUGCAUGUCUGUACUGUGAGCAGCUCCUUGGUAGUGCGGUUACAUGUACAGUUAUAUUUGUUUUCCUUUAACAUCAACAUUUUAGGGUGAAAAAUGUGGAUUUAUAUUUCAGAGCAAAGGCCUGUGAUUUACUGUGGGAGUGUGUGUCUGUGGGAGUGUGUCUUUGUUUGGGGGGAACAGAUGUAGCAGCAGACUUUGGGGUCUCUCCAGUCAAGGAGAAACAUUUAACAGGCAGUUUGGCACAGACACAAGUACAGAAACAAACACACAUACACACCAAUAACAGUGCUUCUGUAGGUGAACAUAUAAACACCACAAACACAUAAACCACGUAUUAACAGGCAGAAGAAACACACAAACACAAUCACACACAUUCACAUAUUCUUGCUCUUGGAUCUUUCAAUAGACCCUCAUGUUUAAUAGAAGAGGAGACUUCCAGCUGACCCCUCCCCCAUUCACUUCUCCCCUCUCAGACGGUCUUCCCGUAGUCACAAACUGAUAACAUAAUGGAGAAUACUGAGGCGUCUGGCCUGCAUGUGAGCUGUGAAGUGUGGAAACCGUACGCAUUUAUCAGGCGUUUGUCUUUGGUUUUCGCUCUCUGCGCUGGAGCAUAUUGAUUUCACUGAAAGAAAAUAUUUGACCAGAGUUGUUCUUUAAUCAUAUUUAAGUUGUAUUGUAAUUGACUAUUGAUUUGGAUGACAUGGAGUAUGUCACUGUGUUUUCUGUGCUCACGCUCACUUUCCUCCCACACCUCUGUGGAUCAGGAGUCACACAAGUCCUUUGAGUCUCAUCAGUCAAACUUUAAUGAAGAGGGGGGUCACUGUGCUGAUGGAGCUGUCAGGAGGAAACACAUUAAAACUGUUCAUUAUGUUAAACUACAUCUUAUAUCCAGUUCAAUGAAUGAAUCAUAUUUUAUCACAAAAAUGCUGUUGUGUCACACCAGACUGACUGUUUUCAGUUCUGAUUAGACACUAGUGUUGAGAUGUCUGUCUGUCAUGAUAGCAUGUACUGAGUCGGGCCAGUACCAGAUAAGCACAUGAAACUAUAAUCCAUAAACGUAAGGAAACAACCGAGACCUAAUGGUGCUGUGACAGCAACAUGCUUGAGUUUGAGACAGUGAAAAUACAUAUGGUAUGUUGUAUCUGAACAGGUUAGCUUACGAGCUUAAGUUACUUAGCACAGAUGAAAGUUAAAACAAAGUCGUUUAGCAAACUGUUAAAGCACACAAACUAUCGUCAAUAUGAGAAAUCCGAUGCUAUGACUCUCCACAAGUUGUCCUUCAGGUCGUUAUCUUUGUAAUGUUUGUGUCUUUUAUCAAAAAGCACUCUGUUCUCGGACAUAUAAACAAUCAGCCGGUCAGCCAUGUUGGAUAUACCAGUGAAUCACAUGUCGCAACAACACGCAAUCCGAUUGGUCAGAAGUGGACACACAGUAUGCAAAACUUUAGAAAAAUCGACCAUGAUCCAAAAAAAAAAAUGCUGCAAUAUCGCAGGAUGGGAAAACAUUGUUGAUGUGAACACUUGUAAUCGCACGACAAAAAUGGUCCCAGUGUGAAAGGACCUUAAUAUUUAAAAAAUAUAUAUUUCUGGCUUUUUUUUUCUUUUUUCAGUGGCCCCAAUCCUGUUCCAUAUAGGUUUUACUUUGUUAUAAUAUAAAAUAUUGCAAAAAAAGAUAUUCCCCCCCGAUGAUGAACCUGCACUUGACUCCUCAUCAUUCCUGAUCAUUAAAUUCAGCUUUGGGCUUUCACAAUGAAUCAUUCAUUUAUUCAUACAGUAAUAUGAGCAUUUGAUAAAAACACAGAAGAGUCUUCAUCAACAAGGAGAGUCACGUCACAUACAGGCCUCGUGUCAGAUUUUCUCCACAUGUUGAAAAUCUAAAAGAAGUGUUUGGUUAGAGAAAAACAGACCUUAAGACACAGGUUUUAAAAGGGCAAAUGUUAACUCUCAAUUAUGUAUGUGUAAACACACCACCUCUGUUUGGUAUGUUGUUCUUAUUGCAAUAAUCUCACAAAAACACACAUACACACACAUAUAUAUAUAUAGUUUAUGAUGUAAGUGAUCUCGUCUCUGUCAAAGGUCAUCACUGACUCAUAAAUGUCUUCUUUGUCCUCAUUCUUGUCAUGUGUCUCAUUUACAGGCUGCACUCUUUUAAUUUUCUUUGUUCUUAUGCUUCACCUUUAUUGGCCCAUGAAAUACCACCCCUCCAAUUACUCCCACCCCCAACCCUUAUUUGUACCCUCAUUCCUUCACCGCUGACUCCAUCAUGAGACCCCACCCCCCUGGUUUUUAAUUAUUCCAGUCUGCAUUCCCCUGCUGCUGUCUUUGUUUGAUCUGGCUCUGGGGUUACACUAAUAUUUGAGAAAUUCCCUGAUUAUCAGGAAGGUAUUUGCUGAGGGGGAGGGGGAUCCAUGUACGUCCUCCACAGGAAUGUAGAAGGAUUUGGACAAAAAUGAAGCACCAGCUUCUCCUCUGAUAGCAAAAGCAAGUUUACACGAGUGCAUGUGAUGUUCUCAGUGAGUGAGGCUGAAUCAGUAAAUCUCCGAAAGCUCUGUGAGACAUCAGUCAGACUGAUAGUGUAAAGAAUACAUUAAGGCUGGUCAAACACAGCUAUAAACCAGAAGCAGCAUAAAGAGCUUUUCCCACUCCUGGACUGGGGCUCGGCUUUUAUUGUUCCAGUAGAUUUUUUUAUUUGUCUCCAUUGUAUAAGUCCAGAAAGCUUCUUGGAAGCUGCUCUGUCUGGGGAGCCAUUAGGUGUGAGACAGCAGGGAGGGAGGCUGAAUCUCCAUCAAAGCACGUAAAAGUGCUGUGAGUGACAACAAUGCAUUAUUGAUGAUACCAUUAGCUUGGAGCGCAGACUCUCCUCGGCUAACACCAACACAAACUGCUGGAGCAGAGCUUUCGGUUGGCCUGCUCACAAUCAUCAUAAACAUCAGCCUGAUAGACAAACAAUAGCUUUUUAACACAUUGGGAGGUGUAGGAGGAUACUGAUUGUUUUCAUUAUCGAUGAACAUCAUCUGGACAAGUGUAAGGUAUUUGUUCUGCAUAUUUACAUGAUUUGUCAGACGUCUGUAACCACAAUAUAAGACAGAGAAAGAAGUGGACAAAAAUGAACUCUGUGUGCUGAAAAUAAUGUGUCCGUCUGUCUGCUUCGUCCUUAGGAGCUGGCUGACCUUCGCCACAUUCACUCCAAACUGAAAAAGCAGCUUCAGGAAAAGACAGCAGAGCUGGCCCACGCCAACCGGCGGGUGGAGGGCCACGAAGCUGAGGUCAAGAAGCUACGACUGAGGGUGGAGGAGCUCAAGAAAGAACUAGGACAGGCUGAGGACGAGGUAGGACCACCAAGUACAUGGAGUGUCAUAAGAACACUGUUGAACCUCUGCCCUCAUCAAAACCUUCUGACUUACAACUCCCUGAAGACGCCGGGUCAAUGAUGAGACAAGAGUAAAUAAACCCAGCCCACUGUUUUCACCAUGUCUGUGGUUUUCUGAUGAUUGAGGGCGCGUUCACACCACCCUCGUUUAGUCCGGUUGAACCGAACCCUGGAGCGUUUACCCCCUUGGUGCGGUUCAUUUGGGUCGGUGUGAAUGCUGAUUUCGAACUCUGGUGCGGACCAAAUAAACGAACUCUGGUCCGUCUGAAGAGGUGGUCUCGGACCACUAUCAAGUGAACUCUGGAGCGGUUCAUUUCUGGCGUGAACGUCAUCCACACCAAUCGCAAGAAACGCACCACAUACAUCAUUUUAAAUAUUAAAAACAAUAUUAAAAACAAUACAUCUAGGCUAUUUGUAAUGCUGGUUGUGAGAUAAAUGUUGUCCGCUCACCUCACUUGUCCCGAUUGACACCAGAGAGAAAACGCAUCGUGGUAGGCUCUCAUUAAUGCUUGUCGCCAUCUCGCCUUUAUCCGUCUGUUGUUUGCAGGACGUCUACUGCAGAAUGUAUUAAUUAAUGCCGCAGUUCGCGCUCUCUGGUGUCUUUUGAUACGCACUCCAGAUAAGUAGCAAAAGCAAAAUCAGCCUAUGAUGCUCCAUGACAGGUGAAGACAGCAGAGCAGGGUUUGUAUUCCCGCAUAAACGAAUGACCAAUAACCGAACGAUAUUCGUGGUUAGUGAUGCACGAUAUGAAAAAUUUCAACCGAUACCGAUAACCGAUAAUUUUCUUCUUCUCAUGGCCGAUACCGAUACCGAUAACCGAUAAAUUCAUAUUUUUACAUUUAUUAUAAUCUUCAUAUAAUCUGCAGUUUGUGCAGGAUGCAGUGAUUGAAAACUGAUAUUUUUGUUAAUCUGGCCUAUCUAGAACAACAAACAAAAGUUUUUGGCUCUUCAAAUGUUUAUUUUUUCCAUGUCAUCACAAAAAUAUGUGGUCAUUAGCUAUAAAUAACAAUAACAGAGCAAAAAGCAGAACUUCAUUUGACCAAAACAGUGCAUCCCCUGAACUGUUCAACAGAACUGUAAACUGUAAAGGAGCCAUUAUGAGCCGUUAGGCUUAGCCUGCUGACCGGACUAACAUCUGACGUCCAUAUGUCUGUGGUAAAACUCACGUGCAGUCCGUUCUUGUCGAUCAGGUUGUGAAUGUAUGUGGCGACAAUAUCAUAGAGUGCAGGAAGGGACACAUCCGAGAAGAAGCGGCGGCUUGGGAGAGUGUAACGUGGCUCCAAGUGUGCUAUGAACUUAAGAAAACCCGGGUUCUCAACGACGGAAAAAGGCUGGUCGUCGACCGCUAUGAACUCCAUCACUUUGUCGUUAAUGGCUUUAGCCUUUUCGCUGUCUCUUGAGAAGCUUUUGCAGUUUUCAAACGCCUGCUGAAUGGGGACAUCGAUCCUCCGUAGUGUUGUUGUCUUAGCUUUAGUAGCGCUAGCAGCUUCGGCGGCUGUCUCAUAUUCUUUUACUACCGCUCCGCCGCGAUGGCGACUUUUCAGAUGAGCUAUCAGAUUUGUUGUGUUAAAACUUGACGUCUUCAUUCCGCCUCUCGGAAUCCUCGCUGAACAGGUUUUGCAUAUAGCAGCUGUUGUCAUCUUCUGCCACUGAGAAAAACGACCAUGCUGGUGAAAACAUUUUAUUAUCUGUCAGGUAGUGACAGGGGUCAGGCUUGGGACCUGCGGGUAAGGUGCGACGGGCGGCUACUCCGCCUGCAAACGUUACUCGUAAUUUCAAUAAUAUAUCGGAUCUUUCUAUCGGAAAAAUGCACCUAUCGGACCGAUAAAAAAUGACGUAAUUUUCCCCCAAAUCGGCCGAUAUUCUAUCGGUCCGACAAAUAUCGUGCAUCCCUAUUCGUGGUCAUAUGACUUUCGGUUCCGUUUUCUGGAGCGAUUGAGUUUGUCCUUUGUGAACGCAAACCGGACCAGUUAAACAAUCAAAUGUAUAGUCUUGCCUUGGAUUCGAAUCAGGAAACGGACCUUUAGGUAUGAACACGACCAUAGUCUCUCAGACUGUUGAGAGCCCCUGAGUUUUCUGUGUGUAAAGCUGUUUAUCUGUGAGUCGUGUGAUGAAUAUAAUCAUGAAUACGAUGUUCACCAAACACACUGCACACCACAGAUGUAAGCAGGAGUAGUGUCACACAGUGAGGGUGUUUUUUGAUCUGUGAAAGCAGUGAUAAUGCAGCUGUGGUGGAUCAGACCUUUUCAUGUGACAAAUAGGCUCAACAACCUGUGAAAGAACUUUAAAGGGAUUUGUGAGAUUUCUUAUAACAAAUACUCCUGUGUGUGUGUGUGUGUGUGUGUGUGUGUGUGUGUGUGUGUGUGUGUGUGUGUGUGUGUGUGUGUGUGUGUGUGUGUGUGUGUGUGUGUGUCUUUGUGUCUAGUUGGAUGAGUCUCACAACCAGACCAGGAAGCUGCAGAGAUCCCUGGAUGAGCAGGUGGAGCAGACUGAGAACCUGCAGGUGCAAUUGGAACACUUGCAGUCAAGGUGAGAGACACAAACACACAAUUAGACUCUCACACAUACACACAGCUUCAUUAGACUGAUACAUAGCUGCUGUUAAUGGUUGAACUGUUAACAUGCGUAAUCACACCUACACUGUGAACAGAACAGAUUCCUGCUGAAUAUGCAGAGAAGUUUACAUGUAAAGCAAAGUGGAUUUUUUUCAGGAAUUAUAAAUCAUUAAACCAAUAAGAAAAUACUGUAUCAUAGUCUGUCUUUGAAUUGUGUUUCUUAUUAUGAGGUAUGCUGCUGACCUCUUGGCCAGGUCACCUCUAUAAAAGAGAUCGCGGUCUUCGGGGGUUUUAUGUGGUUAAAUAAAGAUUGAAUAUCCUAAACUUUCAUCCAUUCAGACAGUUUACUCAUGUUCACUCUCGGUCAGUAAUUCUAAUCUGCGUGAUAUUGUGUGAAUAAAACUAACCGAGGAACAAAACAUUGUUGGUUAAAAAAACAAGAAAGAGGUUGAGUUUGACAAACGGACUGACAGACACAACAACAAUGACAAAAGAUGAUGCAUGCUCAACAUAUAUGAGUUUAGGGUUCAUUAAUCUUAAACUCAGACACAUUUGUCUCUCUUGUAAUUGUUAAAUUAAUUUGGUUUCAUUAGCAGCCAGAACAAACAGCGUGAAAUAUUCAACUUUAGAUUAUACUGCAGAAUUUUAAAGAGCUAAUUCUAAAGUGUCUUUACUCUCUCACUACAGGAGCGCUGCCAUGUUAAGCAACUGCACUCACAGUCCCGAUCAUACCUAGAAAACCAUAAAGGCACUUGCUCCAAACACACCCGCUUCAGGAGUGUGUGCGUGUGCGUGCGUGUGUGUGUAAGGGAGAGAUGUGAAGCUGCUUAGUUGUAGCUGCUCGGCUCACUGGGGGCCUCAGCACUCACUUCUCUUACUAUGCAGGGAUUAACUUGUAAAUGUGUACGUGUGCACGAAAGUGUGUAUGCGUGUGUGUGUGUGUGUGUGUGUGUGUGUGCGUGUGUGUGUGUGUGUGUGUGUGUGUGUGUGUAGCUCUCACAUUCUAUCAGCUCUGCACAGUCCUCAGCUCCUUGCUCUCUGCCUCUCCAUUUUCUCCACGUCGUUGCUCUGCCACAUGACAGCCAAUCGUAGAGCUCCCAGUUGCAGGUUACCGUAGUAACAGAGCGCUCUCUUGUUGCUUUGCUCUAUGGAGGAGUGACAGGCGUGUCGGCAUGGUAACUGCUUCAGAGACUGACACAAAUCUGCCUGUGUUCUUGUGCAGGGUGUAGAUUAAGCUCUUCAUUCUGAGUUUUUUCUCAUUCAGUCUGACGGACACCGCUGAACUAGUAGUGUGUGUGUGUGUGUGUGUGUGUGUGUGUGUGUGUGUCUUUUCUGACUGUACAACAAGGUGUGUGUCUCAUCCUUCUCAGUACUGUGGGAGUGUGCGCUCUUGGGUGUAUGUUUGUUUUUUUAAAGGCUCUGUUCACACUACCUCAUGUCAUCCUGCUGAAAUGUUUACACCACGUGCUCGUGUGUGUUUGUGUGCUUGUGUGUAUUUGUGUGUUACAAACUGUGGUGUAUGCGCUGCGUCAUCUGGUUUCCUCAAACGAAAACAAAACAAAAAUGGUGGGAGGUUUGUCUCUGCAGAGGACAGGUUAGAGAGUAGGGACAUAAGACAGAGGGGUUGAGGAGGGCAGAUGGUCCAAACUCAGAGGGAGAGUGGAAAAAGGCCCCCCAUCAUCAGAAUCUGUGGAAAAAAAAGGUUCCACUUGGCCCCCUCCAGGUCUCCUCCUGCUACCUGGCUAUCUAUCUGCUUUGGCAGGUUUACACUCUUUGGACCUGCUAAAGUCAGGGAUGUAUACAUGCAGCCACGUCUAUGUCAUCUCCUCAAACUGCCUUCAGCUACAGGGUUGACCAAAGUUUAAGAUUUUUUCCCCUGAAGUACAUCUGGAAAAGUGGGAUCAGUGUGUACACCAGAUUUAGUAGUCAACUAGACCAGAGCAUUAAAACUGGAUAAAUAUCCAACAAUUUAAAAGUUAUGUUGCCUUUCCACAGAGUAAGCAAUGCAGCAGAGAUGUUACACAGCUGUGAGAUAGUCAAGAAAUAUAGAAUUCAUGUAAUGCAACGUUCAAAUACGACAAGCCUGUGUACAAACGCACAUGUGAGUGUGAGUAUACUAGUGAGUAAGGAGCUGUCAUCCAUUCUUUGCUGAUAAUGUCAAUCAUACUGCUGUUUAACAAGUAAUACUUCAAUGCAUUAAUAACACAUGAUCUUUUUUUAUUUAGUUUAAAAAUGUGACAAAUUUAUUUAAAGAUGUUAGUCACAUGAUUUUAAUUAUAACAGCAGUAAGGCUUUAUGUUAAGAGCACACAAGACUUUGACAAAUGAGACUACAGACAAUUGAAUUUCCCUCUGGGGAUCAGUAAAGUUCCUCUUUUUCUUACACGAAUGAUCAUAAAUUUAUGCAUGAGUUACCUGAUUUUACAUGAAUAAUGGUAUUACUUUAUGAUGACUCAUUACAUUAACUAAUUAACUGUGUGACUCGUCAUGACUCAUUUGUUUUUAAUGAUCAUGGACUCAUGCAUUAGUAAUGAUGUUCAUGCUGCUAUAUAGGUAGUGUGCAGUUUAAAAGACAGAAUAAAAAAGAAAAGAACCAAUUUCUUGAAUUCUACGUAUCAUAAUCAUGACUCAUUCAGCAUUACUUCUCCAUGAUUCAUGAUGUUAGUGGCCCCUCAAAUAGAGCAGGGCCCUAAAGUUUAAGGCAGCCUCCUGUGACCAAGUGAACACCCACAGUGAGAGGCCAAAAGGAAGAACCAUGAAUUGAAAGUGGUGAGCAUGAAAGGCAAAAUGUAAGAAUUGCCUGUGGUGAGUAACUAUGGGAACAUGAAAAUAGGUAUCAAAAUAGGUAUCAUUCAGGUCAAUGCAAACAAACCAUUCACUUCUGUCCGUGCAGAACCUAAUGCUGAACUGAUCAUAUGAAACGGUAUAACCUUCAAGAACCUGUUGAGGCCCCUCAGGUACAGGACAGGGCGAAGUUUGGCGUCCUUCUGUCUUACAGGAGAGUCAGUUGAGUAGUAUGUGGAUCAAGGUGGAAAUCACCCAUGGAUCUGGUGCACUGGGCUGUUUCCGGGAAAAGCAGCCAACAGCCGGCCCCUGCUCCUCAGUUUCCUGGCUUCUCUAAGCCUUGGCAUGUAGCUGCAGUUUAUGCAGGGGUGCCUGAACAGACCCUUCCCCAGGUGUUCAAGGCCAAAGGAGGGAGGACAGAGAUCAUGGCCGUCCUUAGGCUGCAAACGAACCAUGCAGCCACCUUACAUGAUAGAAUUUGCUAGCAAUGAGAGACACCAAUCAAGGAGUUAGGAGUGGGAGAGCACAACCGCUGCCUUCAGCAACAAGCUGUAAUGAGCCCCGAGAAUACGAGGCACACAGAAGGAAGCUGGGUCAAGCGAGGGCCUUGACCACUAUCCUGAUAAUUACAGGGCUCUAGGCUGGGAGAGGGAGUGUAAAGAAUGUCGUCACCAACUAAAGGCACUCGUUAAAUAUGCUGGGGAAGGAAAACACUGUUAUGGCAGUCCUACACCUUAUCAAUACAUAUUAUUGAGUCAGAAUAAAUUGCAGACUUUUGUCUCCUGUUGUCUUUAGUAGUGUUAUUUUAAAGACUUCAUUCGUUUGACUGUUCGGCAUCAACAGUCAUCUGAUCCACAUAAAUACUCUCUACCUUUGGAUCUGCACACGCUCAAGUUUCAGUUUGUGGUUUGAGGAUCUUGUUCAUGUUCAUUAUGCACACAUUAGGCAGCUUCAUGAAGAACUUCUCCUUUGCUCAGUAAAUCCACGGCACAGCUGGUAAUGAAUCAAUGUCUCUUACUUUUCCCUCUCAUCUUUUGAUAUGAAUUGAUAGUCAUUGCUUGUAUGUAGCUCUGCUCAGUAUUGAUAGGCUCAGUAGAAAAACAUUAGAGUUAUUACUGAAGCUACCAAGGCUAUAUAACAAAAUUAAGUUUAUAGUUAAUUGCUAUGUGUACUGACUAAAAUCCACAACUACAACAAUAACUGACAGUAAAUUUAACCGGUGUCAGCCCUAGUUGGAGAAACUUUCAGGUCGUACUUUAAAACUGUUUUAUGGUGUUUUACGGUGACUUGGUGAAUGAAAAUCCUUCACAGAGAGUCCAGGAUCAGUCUUAGAGAAAAGGUGAGGAGCUUUAAUAUCGAGGGAGAGGUGCAGUAGAUUACUGUUUUUUUUUUUUAGUUCAGUUUAGUUUAGUCAUUCGCAUAUGACAAAUAGAUAAAAAAUUUCAAGAUAGAUUUAAAACAGCAUUGUGAAAAGCUUGUCAAAGUAUCUCCCCGUGAUGCAAGAACAAUUAAUCUACGUAGCAGCAGUUCAGGUUAGCUUCCAAAAACAAACAAAUCAAGAAAAAAAGUAACAAAAUGAAAAUGCACAAUAACAGAGAAGUAUAAAUUACGUGACAGUAAAUAAGUCAACUGGUCCAAGAUCAGUUACUUAAAACUAUCACAGUAAUGACCUCUUUAAUUUCCUUUUGAAUGAUGAUAAUGAAGAUGCUGACUGUACAGUGUUAGGUAGUUGGUUCCACAGAGAUGGUCCUCUGGAUUUUAGUGUGGAUUGGUUCAGGAAUGUCUGAAAGAAAGGAGGUUGAAAGUCCUUAGAUUGCCUUGUAAAAUAUGACCUCUGAAGUGGACUUAAAAAAAUCCAAAUUUCGACAGCCCUGCUGUAGAAUGACGACAAUGGGCUGACCAGUUACCUAGGGGAUGGUAAUGGAUAACAUAAUAAACCACUAUGGCAAACUUAAACUGUAUUACUCCAUCAACUAUCCACAUUUGUAUCCACUGAAACUGUUUUUUGUGUGUGCCUGCGUACGUGUGUUUGUGUACACCUCCACUUAACUGGUAUAAUUUGUUGUAUUGUGUUGUUUCUUAUUUUCGCACUAUCCUCACUCUCUGUCUGUCUGUCUGUCCCUCCCAGGCUGAGGCGUCAGCAGCAGAGUCCUGGUCUGUUUGGGAAGAUACGAUCAGCUCGAUUCAGUCCCGAAAACCCUGAUGGUCCAGCCAGUGACAUGGAUGAGGAAGAGGAGGAAUUACAGCUUCAGAUUCCAUGACACCUUCACACACACUCUCACAGAGACACAGGAUUUUCUUUUGAACAAACAUCAGCAGUCAAAAAGAGGAGGUGAAUGUAGUUUAUCUUUUGAUGAAGCUGGUUAUCUCCAGGAAGGGAAACAUCUGAGGACCAGAGGUAACUCAGUCUCCUGCGUCUUCAGUGAGUGUUUAAUGAGAAAACUCUAAACGUGAGAUUUUAUUUCUCUUGAUCAAAAGGUCAACACCACUCUGACAGGUUCUGAUUCAUUGUUUGGAUCCAAAUGUUAGGAUGAAUUUUCACAACUGGAUGAUGUCCACGUUGAUGAUCAAUGAUCAAAUUAUUAUCAUUAAAAUGUACUAUCUAGAUUAUCUGGAGUUUAAACACUAAAGAGUCACCGUGACAUUUCUACUCCCAGCAGUGAUUCGACAAGCACUCUGCUAACUUUCACAGAAAACACACUCUUUAGGCUCGGACUGACACACGCCAACACAGAACACACACUCAGCAAGAGUGUGACAGACUCGAACAGGAGGUCUGGACGGAGUCACACUGAAGACGGGAUCUUUCUUGAACUUUCUACACACUCCUUCAGCAAGGCGUCAUCUGUGCUCACUCAUUCUUACCUCAUAUCAUUUCAAGUAUUUCAGCUGUCCUGUGUGAACUGUGCUACUGUAGUCCAACAAGCCUCAUCAACUCAACUUCUACUUUACCAGUAUUAACACAGUGUUUUUGUUCAAGUGUUUUUAUACAUUUCCUCCAAUACUCAGAACAGAACGACUUCCUCUGUUAUGAGCUGGGAUUUAUGUUUGGAAACUUCAUGUUCUCAAAUCACAGAAGAUGAAGAAAGACACUAAAUGUGAGAGUAGUCCUGGCUGCUACAACCAUGUAGUAACGUCGCAGUGUUGUGUUGCGUGGGGGAAAAAAAGGAACUAAAGUCUAAUGACUGAAAAGGGGGGUGAAUGAAUGGGUUAUAAUUGGCCAGACUAAUCUGCAUACACAAGUAUUCAUGGUGGGAGGAAAGAGUCGUACUGCUAUAGUACUAAUUACAGUUUAAUGAUGGAUGGCAUUGCAGCUUUAAAAGGUGUUCCAGCUUGCACUCAAACUCCAGAGCAAAUGUGCUUAUCCUGGCCUUCAGUUUCAUUACGGAGCUCAGCGUGGCGCCUGAUUUCAGAGGCAAGAGGAAAUUUCAUCAUGAAAGAGGGAUAUAAAAAGUGAACAGGCACGAGUUCACCUUUCAGACCUGAGUCGUUCACAGGCCUGUAACCUGACUGAAGAUGACAGCAGACUCAUUACUGCAGAGAUAGUUAUGAGAAUAGUAUUGUUACUCAACAAAGUGAUGGUGUUUCAUUCAGAAAACAGAGUCUGGAUGCUAACAGACAAGAAUGUAAUCCUGAUGCAGGAAUGUGAGCAAGAUCUGUGGUCUAGUGACACUUGAAUUCAUCUGUGACUUUAUCAGGUCUGAUCAUUUCACUUUAACAUAGCGUGUGUAUGCUCCCAGCAUGUCAGGAGCUGCUCUGUGACAGUGAACCUGCAGGUGAAAUUAAGGCACAGGCUGAAUUUACAGCAUCCUCUCGGGGGAACAGAGAGUUUCACAGGAAUCAGUUUGGCCUCCUAGAGUUUUCAACAGAGGCUGUUGAUCUAGAUAUAAUCUAUAUGAUCAUCGUAGUGUAACCAUGAGUUAGAAGUGAAGCUUAACUGCUACCAAACCAUAUCAGGAGUGAGCUUUGGUUGGAAAAAAGCUUAAAGACCGGCUUGAACUAUAAACUCAACGAUGACUUUGACUUCACCUGAGUGCUAUCAGCCUUUUGUUUCAGCUGUUGGCACAUAACAGCAUGGAAGUGGUUAGAGAUCAACACAUGAUCUGCUGUGAAAAAAUACAACUCCAAAAAGAGUAAGGACACUGUAAAACCUGAAAAACAAAACAAAAUUAUGUUUUGCAAAUGAUUGAAACCGUGUAUCUAAUCAAAACUAGUUUCAAAACAAAAGAUUAAUAUUUUCUUUGCACCAUAUUCUGUUAAAUAUAGACUUUAAAAUAAUUGCAAACCAUCAUGAUCUUUGUAGCCCAGACCUUUAGAUAAUACUUGUGUCACUAGGACUAUAACACCAGCCGUUACAGUAUAAACCCAGCUGUGUGUCUUUGGCGUGACUGUCCUCAGUACAGGACAAACUCUGUAGAGAUGUAAAGAUGGGAAGUCUUUCUCAAUAGAAAAGUUGUGGGCUUGAGUUUGUGAACAGUCUUGAAUGUGUUUUAGCCUGUAUAGUCAUCAGAGGUAACCUGGAGGUCUGACUGGUGAAUUGGAAGGAGUCAGAAACACUGUACACACAGGUGGAGCCAAGUCUUGUCAGAAAUCUACAGUAUUCAUGAAGUUCUUUGGUUGUUUGUUGUGCAGAUAUGACAUAAAAGCAGUGUUUGUGUUCGUCAUUGUAAUUUUCUGCCUGAAAGUCCAAAGUGUUAUUGUCCAGCAGGUUCCUCAGGUCUGAUUUCAGUUGGGCUGGAAAGGCCUCCAAAGCAUGAUGGAGUUAGUGAAACCCGGGCCACAAAGCCUUCAGACUUCCAGCCUCUUGUUGAUUGUUUAUCUAUCUGUUCAGAGGAGACCUAAAUCUCAGUUUCAGUCUAACCCUGUAAAGAUGUCAAAGCAAUAAAACAUUCAUGUGUCCCCCGACCACCCACUGUCACCCUCUGCCUCGGCCUCAGCUCUGACGCUGGAAUGGGACCAAGACUUUUUCUACUUAUCAGGAUUCUGGACUAUUUAUGCUGUCGUUGUUAUGGUUGACUUUUUAUAAAUGAAAUGUACCACAGUGCUUUUGUAUGAGCUCUAUAAAUGUCAAUGAUAGAUGUAAA